GCAGAGUUUGCAAACCUCCACCUUGGGGUGGCAGCGGGGUGGGGUGGGGAUUCAGUGAACAAUGGAUGCCCAGGAAAGAGCUGCCCUAGACAUUUCUACCCGAAACCCCCAAGAGGACUUUGAACUUCUUCUGAGAGUUGGCGGAGGGACCUAUGGAGAAGUCUAUAAGGUAAGCAACCAAACCGCUGCUCCUUCCUGGAGAGACUGAAUGGCUGAGGGCAUCACACAUUUGGGGCUACGACUUCCACAGCUGCACACUUCUUUGAAGUCUCUCAGCCCCACUCACCUCACUGUUUGUUGUGGGGAAGGAAGGGAAAGGAGAAUGUUAGCCGCUUUGAGACUCCUUCGGGUAGUGAUAAAGCGGGAUAUCAAAUCCAAACUCCUCCUCCUCCUCUUCUUCUUCUUCUUCACACUAAUUGACCAGCAAAAACAGGAUUCCUCAUAAUAUAAUCUUAGCUCUGGCAGGGAAAACCCACCUCUUCCUUUUGCAUCAAUUAAAAUGCUCUAUUUUAUUCUUGGUUUCGUCCCCUGCCGGGUAUAUUUUGUAAUCUCUGUGCCACUCUUUGAAACAUCCAGCGUUGCCAAUCACUGGAGCUGUUUAAAAUAGGAAAAGCAUCUUCGGCAAUACAGCCGCAUACUAAUUGAACUGGGUUUGAGGACAAAAGAAAUAAAUAUGGAGUAGGGUUCGCCUGUGGAACUCAUAGCUGCAUGAUAUUGGAAAAGCUGAGAAGUGUGUUGUCGGCCACAUUUUCAUCCCACAAUUCCCCUAAAGACCUUGGGGAAACCUUGAUCACUCCCUCCUUUUAUCUUCACAGCAACAUUGUGGUGUAGCUUAGCGCAGUCCUAUGAAUCUUUAGAAGUAGCGACAACUGUGCUCAAUUCUUUGAUGCGUUCCUCCCGGUAUGUGCGCCAUUGCCGUCCUAGUGUGUGUCAUAGCUGAACAUGAAUUCAUUGCUCUGUUGAGCGCUUCAUCCACCACACAAUGCUGGUCUCUGUGCCCAACGCACUGCCUGCUUUUUAAAGCUGCGAGACAGGCUACACUUCGACUGGGAGAGAAAGCGCAUGGCAGAAAGUCCUUCUGUCUGCCUUGGUAAUUCUCUCCAUGGAACAUAAGAGAGGUAAAUGCGAGGGACAUUUAUGGGAUGGCCACUUUAAGUAAGAGAUGGAGGCUCCCUCUCCCCUAACAAUGUGAAAUCAGAAAAGGACAGGUAAAAUGUUCAAUGUGGUAGAGGCUAAGCAAAUCAGUCUCUUAAACUUAAGCCAAGAAAAAGUAGUCUCUAUAAGAUUAAAUAUCAAUAUACGUAUCAAGAGCACGAUUUCUGUUCUCAUCCUGAAGCAAAGUUCUUAACCUGAGGUACUAUUUCUGGGUUGGCAGAGUCUGUAACCUGAAGCGUAUGUAACCCGAGGUACCACUGUAGUUUUUUCUCUCCUGUUGUCACACUAGAAUUCGUGGAUGUUCAGUGAAGCUGAAUGUUGUAAGAUGGGCCAUUGUAAUUCGGCAGGCUCCAAAUGAAGGACCAUCUGGUCCUCUCAAAAGGUCAGAUUUGGCCCUUGGGGACUCUAGUUCCUGACCUCUCCUCCUCACCUUUCCCUCCUCAUUUCCAGCUCAAGGCUCAGCCUUAGCAGCUCCUUUCACUGGUUGGAAAACGUGAUGGGUACAUUUAUUUCUUGGGCCAUAAGCCGCCAUGACAGGACGUGGGUGGCGCUGUGGGUUAAAGCACAGAGCCUAGGACUUGCUGAUCAGAAAGUCGGCAGUUCGAAUCCCCACGACGGGGUGAGCUCCUGUUGCUCGGUCCCUGCUCCUGCCAACCUAGCAGUUCGAAAGCACGCCAGUGCAAGUAGAUAAAUAGGUACCGCUCCGGCGGGAAGGUAAACGGCGUUUCCAUGUGCUGCGUUUCUGGUUUGCCAGAAGCAGCUUAGUCAUGCUGGCCACAUGACCUGGAAGCUGUAUGCUGGCUCCCUCGGCCAAUAAAGCAAGAUGAGCACUGCAACCCCAGAAUCGGCCACGACUGGACCUAAUGGUCAGGGGUCCCUUUACCCUUUAAGCCGCCAUGAGAAGUAUAAAUGCAGAAUAAGCACCUGGGACGCUUCUAUAGUUAUCUAUUUCUAUUGCCAGCAAAUGGAAAUUGAAUUUUGGUUGACUUUGACUGCAAUAGACUGUUCAAGAUACCUCACAACUUAUCUCCUUGUAAGCAUCAUGUGCACAGACACAAAAUGUGAAAAUUAACAGCGUUAGCAGAAGAACAAAGUAUUGCUGUUGAAGAGAAUGCUUCGGAACACAUACUUUCCCUACCCCUUCCUGACACAGGUUUCCCCUGCGCAUCUGGUUUUAGUGGGUUGUUAUUGUUGUUAUCUUUAAAUUAUCUGCGUUCAUAUAUUUGUCCCAAGUUGGGAUUCAAGGAGGCUGAGAUCACUUAAAGACAACUUCAUAAAAUCCAAAGUAAUAGAAACAAACUAGUUAAAACAGGAAUUGAGAUUCUUCAGAACACAUUUAGUACCAGCAAUUAAAAUCCAAUUUGCCUUGAUAGGGACCCAGCAAUCAGCACAAUCUGAACCUUAGUUUCCAAAGGCCUGUCUAAGCAUGAAGGCCUCAGCCUGUUGGGGGAAGGAUAACAAAGAGGGAGCCAAUCUAACCUCUCUUGGGAGGGAAUUUCAUAAUAUGGGAGCCACUACAGAAAAGGCUCUCUCUUGUGUCACCAUGAACCACGCUUUUGGUGUUGAUGGGAGCCAAAGAAGGUGCUCACCCCAGGAUCUUAGCAUGUGGGCAAGUUUGUAUGUUGUUGUUGUUUAGUCGUUUAGUCAUGUCCGACUCUUUGUGACCGCCCUGGACCAGAGCACACCAGGCACUCCUGUCUUCCACUGCCUCCCGCAGUUUGGUCAGACUCAUGUUGGUAGCUUCGAGAACACUGUCCCACCAUCUUGUCCUCUGUCGUCCCCUUCUCCUUGUGCCCUCAAUCUUUCCCAACAUCAGGGUCUUGUCCAGGGAGUCUUCUCUUCUCAUGAGGUGGCCAAAGUAUUGGAGCCUCAGCUUCAGGAUCUGUCCUUCCAGUGAGCACUCAGGGCUGAUUUCCUUCAGAAUGGGUACGUUUGAUCUUCUUGCAGUCCAUGGGACUCUCAAGAGUCUCCUCCAGCACUAUAAUUCAAAAGCAUCCAGGUUUGUAUAGGGAGAUACAAUAUUCCAGGUAGCCUGGGCCCGAUCCCCAUCUAAGCCCCACCAUCCACCCCUUCUUAAAAGGAGCUUGCCUGCCUUCUGAUACUACUGGUCGGAGAAGAAUUAUAAUGGGAAGUGAAUAACUGGGAAUUGUUCGUAUGUGGACGAACCCCAUAGCUUUUCUGCAGCAUCUAGAAAAGCUGUUAUUCCUGAGAGGUGUUCCCAGGGAAUGCUCAGAAUGGCAGCAACUUCUGCAAAUUGUACAGGGAGAGGGGAGAAAUUGGUUUCGGAUCACAUUUCCUGGUUCAGUUCCCGAAACAAUAUGCAAACUGAAACUCAGCUAUCCUUCAGAAUUUGCAUUUUACAAAAAUGUUCACGCACCAGGGGAAAGUGUGACAAGAAUUGAGGACAUUGGUGAAAACAACAUAGGAAAAGACAUUGGGUUGGGGGGGGGAACAACUGGUGGCAAUAAUAAACAUAAUAUUAAUAGUAAUAAAUAUUAUUAUUUGCACCCUGCCCUCCCCGGCUUGAGCCGGGCUCAGAGUGGCUAACAUCAUAUAAGUGUUUAUUAGCAGAAAUUGGCACUAAAAAGCUGAUGGAUUUUUCAUGAGGGCUCUUGAUUAAAAUUUGGAAACUGAGGCAGAAUGAGAUGAAUGUAAGAUCGGGGGGGGGGAUAGAAACUGGGGAAAAAUGAAAUGGACAGAAAGCACUUUGUACUUAUUUUUGUCCCACAGUAUUGUUGUUAAUAAAUUUGUGAGUAAAAAUGGUUGCAUGUACAUACCAGACCUUUAAAGGACCCCACCUUCAAAAAGGAAUUUCAGGAAUUGUAGUUUACCCCCCCCCACAAGCUACAGCUCCCAGCACCCUUACCCAACUAAUUAUUAUGUGUUUAUUACAGUUACUUACUGAAGUUCCCAAGUUUCUUUGAGGAGGGGAAUGGGUGAAUCUGGCACAUGUGUACAGUGGUACCUCUGGUUAAGAACUUAAUUUGUUCCAGAAGUCUGUUCUUAACCUGAAACUGAUCUUAACCUGAAGCACCACUUUAGCUAAUGGAGCCUCCUGCUGCCGCCACGCCGCCGCUGCAUGAUUUCUCAUCCUGAAGCAAAGUUCUUAACCCGAAGUACUAUUUCUGGGUUAGCGGAGUCUGUAACCUGAAGCGUCUGUAACCUGAAGCAUCUGUAACCCGAGGUACCACUGUACAUAAAUUUUAGAAAGGGGCAAGAUUAGAUGCAGGUGCACAAAGCAUUCUUGUACAGCGGUACCUCGGGUUAAGAACUUAAUUCGUUCCGGAGGUCCGUUCUUAACCUGAAACUGUUCUUAACCUGAAGCACCACUUUAGCUAAUGGGGCCUCCUGCUGUUGCCGUGCCGCCACCAUACGAUUUCUGUUCUCAUCCUGAAGCAAAGUUCUUAACCUGAGGUACUAUUUCUGGGUUAGCGGAGUCUGUAACCUGAAGCAUCUGUAACCUGAAGCGUCUGUAACCCGAGGUACCGCUGUACACAGCUUUAAGUUUCCCUACAACAUGCCUUGGUGGUUUCAAGGCCUGGAAGCACCCCUUUCCCCUCUGGUUUGCCAGUUUCUAUCUCCAAGGCCUCGUGGAGGAAGGGCAGCUUGUGUUGCAAGCCCACCUCCCACUUAAUGUAACGGCUCACAUCCUGCUUCAUACUAUCAAAGGAGCCGAGCGCUGCAGCUGUAUCCUCUGCCAAAAUAUUUCAGCUUGCGUUCUUCUCCUUCCCCUCUAAGCAGUCUCCCACUUUGAGCUGCGGGAUGCAGGUCCCAAGCAAGGUGAGGCCACAGGAAUUCACAGUCGAAUCUCCUGCCUGUUUAUAAGGCGUUUACAUUGCACUUGAGGUGGCAUGUAUCUUUCCCAUGCGCGUGCCUUUGUCGCGCCCUGUUUUAGCCUCCUGCAACUGCGACGAGUCCCGGCAGGCCCUGCGAAAAGCCCGAUGGGUCAUUUGGAGGGUGCGACGGAUCCUCUUGGACUUCGGCACACCAUGUGACGUCAUGCACACUCUACGUUAGGUCAACCGGUCAGGCACCCACAGUCAGAAUUUUGUGGGUGCCUCAGGACCCAGGCCCCGCUCCCCGAGUUGGUGCCUAUACCCUAGAGGCUGCUGUAGUUGUUCCUUUGUCUGUUAUUGCUAUGCUUUAUUUGCUUAAUAAUAAUAAUAAUAAUAAUUUAUUAUUUAUACCCCACCCAUCUGGCUGGGUUUCCCCAGCCACUCUGGGCGGCUUCCAACAAAAUAUUAAAAUACAAUAGUCUAUUAAACAUUAAAAGCUUCCUUGACAUCUGAUGGGAGGGCGUUCCACAGGGUGGGCGCCACUACCAAGAAGGCCCUCUGUCUGCUUCCCCGUAACCUCACUUCUUGCAGUGAGGGAACCGCCAGAAGGCCCUCAGCGCUGGAUCUCAGUGUCCGGGCUGAAUGAUGGGGGUGGAGACGCUCCUUCAGGUAUACAGGACCAAGGCUGUUUAGGGCUUUAAAGGUCAGCACCAACACUUUGAAUUGUGCUCGGAAACGUACUGGGAGCCAAUGCAGAUCUCUCAGGACUGGCGUUAUAUGGUCCCGGCGGCCACUCACAGUUACCAGUCUAGUGGCCACAUUCUGGAUUAAUUGCAGUUUCUGAGUCACCUUCAAAGGUAGCUCCAAGUAGAGCGCAUUGCAGUAGUCCAAGCAGGAGAUCACUAGAGCAUGCACCACUCUGGCGAGACAGUCUGUGGGCAGGGAGGGUCUCAGCCUGCGUACCAGAUGGAGCUGGUAGACAGCCGCCCUGGACACAGAAUGGACCUGCGCCUCCAUGGACAGCUGUGAGUCCAAAAUGACUCCCAGGCUGCGCACCUGGUCCUUCAGGGGCACAGUUACCCCAUUCAGGACCUGGGAGUCCCCCCCCCCCGCCCCCUGUCCCCCCAAAACAGUACUUCUGUCUUGUCAGGAUUCAACCUCAAUUCGUUAGACGCCAUCCAUCCUCCAACCGCCUCCAGGCACUCACACGGGACAUUCACCGCCUUCCCUGGUUCUGAUUUAAAAGAGAGGUAGAGCUGGGUGUCAUCUGCAUACUGAUGUGCAUCUGGAUGAUAUCAUUGUAUUCCAGAUAUGCCCACCUGGCCACCCUUCCUGUGUUUUUCCCAACCUGAUUUGUGGCAAAAAUUUUGGGAGCAGAAGAAGAAGAGAAAGGAAAGGAAAGGAAAACAGCAUGUCAAUCGAUGUCAAUAGAAGCUGACUAAUUGAGGGGACAAUCAAGGGGCAAUUCACCCUCCAGCCACACUGAACAGGAAGCAAUAAAAGCGGCUGGAACUUGUAAUCAACGCUGCUGGGGUCUGCCUCCAAAAUAGAGUUUUUACUAUAUUUGCUUGUUGGAGAGGCUAUAGGUUGCUGGCAGCCAUUUCCUCUCCCUACAUGAUACAAAUCAGUGGUGUGGUGAGCAGCUAUACCCAGUAACAAGCUUGUGGUCCUGAUAAUUUCACAACUGCUGCUAGGCUGAACACAUUAUUUUUAUCUUUCUUUUUUUUUAAGAAAACCAUUUAUAUCUUCCUCAGAUGUAGAUCGGAAUGGCGUGAAAUAAGAAACCCCACCAUAAAAUUCAGCAGACACUAUAACAAAUACAGGAGAUAAUAGGUGUUAAGUUGUGGGUGAACAUAUCAGACGACACAGCGAUUCUUCAAACAGCUCUUGUUUAUUCAGAGGCCAGAACAGAACUGAACUGAAGGGCUCAGCCAGCCUGCUUAUAUAGAGCUCCAGUACCACGUUACUGUAACAACUUUCUAAAACUAUCCAGUCACUGAACGUCACUUUCGAUCCUUCAUUUGCAUAACUAUCUACAGCAUCCCUCUGCUGGCCCAGGGUGAGAACUUCAGUACAUAACAGGGUCACUAAAAUAUCUAGGAAGGCUCAAAACUGAUUUUAAUAAUAAUAACUCCCUGCAUAUUGGCAUCAGGCAGAUGUCUUCAUUACACCCUUUUCGGCUCCUGCUAAAAAAUAUUUUGUUCAGGUUAGGUACAAACCUACCCAGGUUUGCAGCAUGUUGAUAUGUGGUUUCAGCGUAUUGUUGAUUUUAAUCGGUUUUUUAAACCUUCAAAUAGCCGUUUUGUACUUGUCAUUGAUAAUUUUGUGCCAUUCUUUUUGCAAACUGCCUGUCCCCCAAAGAGAAGUCACAGGAAAAAGCCCAGCUUGUGUGUUUGCUGCUGUUACAUGAAUUUUAAGUGCACACACUCCAUAGAAAACCAAUCCUUCAUUCUUCAAAAUGAGGAAAUCUUUCUUCUUCUUUGGCGAUCCCUUGUAUCCGAGUAAGAUUGUCUUCCAUAAACACAGUUUCUGAGUCUGUGACUGUGGAGACCAAUUCUGGAUCCACACGUCCUUCCACAGUGGGGACAUAGGUUUCUGGACGGGAGCUGAUCACAGUGUGGAUUUGCCAAGCGUGCCUUCCUCUUAGCGCGUUUCUCCCUUUCGCCCUCAAUUUGAGCGUCUUCAAAACCUGUGACACCUUUGGUAAAGGCUGUUCUCCAAUUGGAGCUCUCAUAUAAAAAAACACUGUGAAAAUACUUUUAAAAAAAAGUUUUGAAAAAUACAUCAAAUUUGGCAUAGCUCACUUCCGCCAUCUGGUGCCACGUUCGCGUUUUGCACUUUGAAACACAUUUAAAACUUUUUGUUUGCAACUGUAUAGCCGAGACCCUGGUCUCCAGCCACGUUUAGGCCUUUGCCCAUCUUUUAAACACAUUCUCCUUUCUGUAUCUCCUCAGGCAAGGAACAAGGAGACAGGGAAACUGGCUGCUAUCAAAAUCGUAAAGAUGGAAGCAGGUGAGCGAGGAAAACGACCAGCUACUUUUCGGUGCGCCGCCGUAUCGUAAACCGAAUGAGCCCUGAAAUCCUUUCUCGCUGAGGAGUGCCAGAACUAAGGGGAAGAGUUGCUGUAUGCAUUUAAAGCAGUAUUCAACUUUUCCAGAUGCAUUUUUAACCCAAACAUGCCUUUGGGGACCCAUUUCGUAAUCUUUUUAAAAAGAAAACACACACCCCCCCACACUAAUUUUUAUUAAAAGUUUUCAGAUUUUACAUUUCCACAUUAACAUCUUUCAUUACACCCAUACAUUCAACGAUUUCCCUCCUUCCCCAUCCAAUGUUCUUUUAAUUUACCCAUAAUUCCUCCAUAUUCUUAUAUAUCCAUCUGAAUCAAGUCCCCCCCCGCCCCCAUUUUACAUUCCUUUUAAAUAGGUUACACUGUUGAAUUUACCUUAACACGGCCAGCGUUUUCAGCUGUGUACAAUUCUUUUGCCAUAUAUUUUGCAUGGAGGUUGUGCUCCGGCUGCGACUGACCGUGGAUCAGGCCCACUAGCGGGGAAUGACCCAUCACAAUAAUUACUAUUUAUUUACAUGGAAACCCCGCAGCUGAAGACCGGCUAUUUAAAGCACAUUCAGCGCAAUGUUUGAAGCACAUUCUUCCCCUACAAAUAAUCCUGGGAUUAUUUCCCAGCACCCUUAAGAAACUGCAGUUCCCGGGAGCUAAUAAUAAUAAUAAUAAUAAUAAUAAUAAUAAUAUGUCACCCAUCUGACUGGGUUGCCCCAUCACUCUAGGUGGCUCCCAACAGACUAUUAAAAACACAAUAAAACAUCCAACAUUAAGUUUUUUGAAGAUGCUUUAAAUGUGGUUCGAGACACCUUUUGAUGGGUGGAAGUCAGUCUCUAAAAUAAAGCUGGCUUGUGAAAAAGACACAGUCUGACCAGCUCAUCGCAGAAGCAUGGGUGCUCUUUCAUUCACUGUGUAUAUAUGCUCAGAAACCAAAUAUUUUUAAUUAUUGAGGGUGUUAACGGAGAAAUCUGAGGGCUCCCUUGGACAAAAAAACCAAGGACACCAGCCAGGAAUACCAGAGCAAAACAGCAGCCAGUAGGCUUGGUCUUGAUUGAAGACUGUCCGCAGGACUCCCACCUGCCACAAGGUGGAACAAGAUGGAAGCCCCGAACAAAAGAGAACCCAAACUUUUAUUAGCUGCUCAUCCCCAUGUUACACCCCCCCCCAAAACUACAUCACGGUUACAUCACGGUUACAUCAUGAAAGGGGAGGUCUGGUGGCCGUAAUCUGAGCAUCCUGGACCCUGCCCCAUGGUUCUCCUUGCCCUCCACCAAACACCCAUCAAGUGUAACAAAAAUGAUAUUUACAUUUCCCUGUUUCCCAGCCAAGUUAAUCACACCCUUUUGUCUUCAUCUGGGUUUGCUAUUUCUGGAAUGGCUACCUGUCUGGCACUCAGGUAUCAGGAUGCCAGGAAUUAUCACCCAGGCAUGAAGGUUAGAAAGAUGCUGGAAAGAAGUUAUAUGACUUUAAUAGAAACAUUAUAAAGAAUUAAGUAUGAAUAGAUUGACAUUGGGUAAAGAUGUAAAUUUAAGUCUAAAAUUUCGUUAAAUUAAAUUAUGGAACUAAAUUUGUGAAAGAGGGAAAGGACUUGCUAGAAUAUUUAACUGAACUAGAAUACAAAAAAGGAGGUGUGAGGAAAUCGAGGAAAUAAGCUAAUGAAAGAUAAGGAUAUGAAAAUAUGGGGGGGGGUUUGUAUGUUUGUUUGUUCUCUUUUGGGUUUUUUUCUUUUUUAAAUGUUUUUGUUUUCUUUUCUUUUUUCCUUUUUGUAUUGUUGAUGCUUUGUACUGCUGUAUCUGAUUUUGUUUUUGAGGCUUUGUAACUGUUUAUUGCUUAUUUUUCUCUUUUGCUUUUCUUUUCUUUUUUGUAAUGUUUAAACUUUAAUAAAUAUUUUAUAAAAAAAAAAAAAAGGAAUUAUCACCCAGGCAGAGGGGCUGCUGAGCAGCUGAGCUCACCUGUUUAUAUGAAUAUCUGAAGUUUUCCCAGUGAGCCAGUACAUAGGUACCGGUACAUUUAUCAGUGAAUUCUUACAUUUGGUAUCGUGCAGCAAAGGCCCUUGGAAUAGAUAGGAAGAAAUUGCGAUGAAGUGUUUUGUGGGGACAAAUCACAAAAGUCCCCAAAGCGAUUGUGCUGGUUUUGGUAGUGGGCUGCAUGUGCAUGAUAUCUGAUGGAGGGGCAACCCCCCCCCCAACCUAUACAUAAAUUCCUGCAACAAGGGGAGGGGGGAAACACAAAAUUUGAUGGACUCCGGUUCGUAUGAAGCUUUUUGGUCCAACUCCCAUCAGGUUAGCCCAAGAAUGCCCACGUGAGCCAUCCUGAGGAGAUUUUGUUGAGAAGCCUGGCUGUCCACAUGGUACGAUUACGUUAUCGUCCUUUAUGAGGAUAUACUGCUUCCUUUGACUUUUUUAUUUACACCAUGUUUUGCAAAAGUCUCUAGGAAUGUUAAUCUUGGAACACCAAUAGUUAUUAAAACUUCUGCUAGAAGACAUAAAAUCACACUAAUAGACAUGAACAUUUAAAAGAUAAAGCCAAAUUACAAUACAAGAUACGACAUGCAAAAAUAUGAAAAUCACAGGUAAGCAAAUGGUAUCCAUAAUGUCCAUAACCUCUUCAAAUGUUAAUUACAGCGGACAUGCUCAUACUUCAAUCUUUAGUAUUUUAUAUUUAAGUGCUUGUUAUACCAGCAUAUUGUCUCUCUGUAUUUUUGAUAUCUUAAUCUUAAUGAUACUGUGAUAUUGUGAUGUGUUGACGCUGGUCUGUGACCAUAUUAAUCAAUUCAUUCAAACCUUUCACUCCUAACCUAGAUCAUGAUAUAUCCUGCAACUUAAAACCGGCAGGUAGAAGCACAUAACUUCGAUGGCACUCUAACGUUCAUUAAUUUGCAAUGUUUCUGGUCCAACUCCCAUCAAGUUUGCUUCCAAGCAUUGUCCACGUGAGCUCAUCCCUGAGUCACGGAUUCUGUUGAGAAGCCUGGCCGGCUCCCUCAGGGUAGAUUCAAAUCUCCUUUCUGGAAUGUUCUACUUCCUUUUUUUUGUUUUGUUUAUAAAAAUGAUUUAAAAAGUCUCUAGUCCUGUUACUUGAGGAGAAGCAAGCAGGCUGUAUUCUGCAAAAUGGCUGACCAAGGAGAAGGCCACUCCAGGCCUUCCUUGUGCUAAAGACUUUGUAUUAAUUCUUCAUAUUAUUAUAUAAUAAUAAUUGUGGGGAGAAGCUAAACCUUUUCAUCCCUCGCUGUAAUCCCAACCUUCCUUGAGAGAAAAUUCUUGUAACUUCCCCACGUCAAGACGAACCAUGUUACUUUUAUGUAACAUAUAUUUAGGGUGGGAUAUGCAAUUCUUUUGAACAGCCUCUGUAUCUGUUCUUGUUAGGGGACGCUUAUCUUCCUUUCUUGUUCUGUAACACCUGUAAAAGAUGGAAACAGCUUUUUAAAAAAUCCCCACCCUGUAUGCUAUCAGAAGCUCAUUGGAUUAAAGGCUCGAUAGAAAGAACAAUAUAUUUUGGAAUAAGAAGUUGCAAGUUUCAUGUCCGCCUUUAUGUAUUCUUUCUUUUUAUUUUAUUUUCCCGUGAUGGAAAUUUCUAUUUCUGUUUUUGUGUGUCCUUACCCCUCUGGGCAUGCACGCUUUGCAACAAUUUCCUCUUUUUAAUUCUAUUUUUCUUUAAAUAAAUAAAAACAAGAACAUCCUUCCUUUGGAGAGAACACCCCAGAAGUGUGAGGCAAAUUGGAUCACUUCUGUAAAUAAGUGCUUUCCUAGCACUUUUCCAGCUCCUUCAAUGCUGAGGUUUGAUUUUCUUGGAAAUUUGGCAGCAGAAGAGAGGAGGGGGCAGAUUAAGGUUAGAGGCUGCCAGUUGCCGACUUUUUAUUGUUGUUGUUCGCAGCUCACACCCACAUUUCUUUGGCAAACGCUGCAAAAGAGCGAAUUUAUUUUGUCGCAGCUGCCGUGCCAGUGCUGGACUUACAUAUAAGCUAAACAAGCUGUAGCUUAGGGCCCCACUCUCUUGGGGUCCCCCAAAAAAAUUUAAAGGAAAAAAAACUCCUGGAUGUGCAUUUCCAAAAUAUAAGAUAAAAAACAACAAAAAAAAAAACCCUACAUACAGCAACAGUGUUUUGUGUUGUGUAGGCUCCUGUGAUGUAAGUCAUGGGCCCCGCCUGAUAGCCUGCUCCCAAAAAUAUCACGGGUUUGCUCCUUUCUAUAUAUAGGGUGCCUACAUUCUGCAUGGACUGGUUGCAGGGCAACAUGCGCAAAUGGCUUGAGAUACCUAUGAGGUCCAUAAAUUAUCAGUACAUUUCCGAGCACAAUUCAAAGUGUUGGUGCUGACCUUUAAAGCCCUAAAUGACGUCCUCCCACCAGAUGUCAAAGAGAAAAAUAACUACCUGACAUUUAGAAGACAUCUGACGGCAGCCCUGUUUAGGGAAGCUUUUAAUGUUUAAUAGGUUAUUGUAUUUUAGUGUUUUGUUGGAAGCCGCCCAGAGUGGCUGGGGAAACCCAGCCAGAUGGGCAGGGUAUGAAUAAUAAAUUAUUAUUAUUAUUAUUAUUAAGCAUAUAUUCAACACACAAAAAAGCGACAAUUUGUUGUUGACAAAGGACAGCUGGACAUAUAAAGGGCUCCAUUACCUUCAGUUGCUUAGGGCCUCAUCAAACUUAAAUCUGGCCCUAGCCGUGACGUUACCGGUAAUUGUGUGGCUGAAAUCAACAUGCAGGGCUUUGACGAAAUGGAAAAAUAAAGCCCAGCAGCCACGAGAGGAGCACAAAGUGAAGGGGAAGAAUGUAACCUUUCCUCUCUCAGUUGCGGACCCGGCGAAAAUCCCCCCAAGCUGUGACAAUCGCCCACGGCAGUCGUGUUCCUUGGGGGCGGAGGUGGAGAGCUGUGGCUUCUAUUUACCGUAAAACAACAACAGCCCUGCCUGUUAUGUGCAUUCAUUCAAUUAAGCUGCAUGUGCACCAUGCGUUUCACAGAAUCAUAGAACUGUAAAGUUGGAAGGGCACCCCAAGGCUCAUCUAGUCCAACCCGCUUCAACACAGGAAUCACAGCUAAAGAACCCCUGGCAGACAGCCCCCCAACUUCUGAUUGAAAAGUCCGCUGCUUUCCGAGGGAGUCAGUUCCACUGUCCCUGUUCACGACGCUGAAGGACAUUUAAAGCAGGAGAAUAGGGGAGUUUUAUUACUUAGGCCAGAGAUGGCCAAACUCGGACCUCCAGAUGUUUUGGGACUACAACUCCCAUCAUCCCCACCUAACAGGACCAGUGGUCAGGUAUGACGGGAAUUGUAGUCCCAAAACAGCUGGAGGGCCGAGUUUGGCCAUCACUGACUUAGGCCAAUACAGUCAUACCUCGGGUUACAGAUGCUUCAGGUUGCGUUUUUUUGGGUUACGGACUGCCGAAAUUCAGAAGUCCCAGAAUGGGUUACUUCCGGGUUUUGGUGGUCGCACAUGCGCAGAAGCACUAAAUCACGCUUUGUGCAUGUGCAGAAGCACUGAAUCGCAACCUGCGCAUGCGCAGAUGCGCCACUGCAGGUUGUGAACACUGCGGGUUGCGAAUGUGCAUCCUGCACAGAUCACGUUCGCAACCCAAGCGUCCGCUGUACACCAAAGGACCAGUCUGAAAGGUUUAUGCCAUUAUAGCUCUUGUACAACAAGAGGUCAUUUUUAGUUAAUAGUUGGUAUAUCAUAUGACGCUCCUGUUGUAAGGGGAUAAUAGAUGAUAUGCAAAAAGUCAGGGUGUCUCUGGGAAAUAAGGUCAGGGGAGUUUUGUUAAGGUUAAACAGCUUCUGUUGGUGUAUUUUUGAUUAUUUAUCUCACAGGGCAAUUCGUUUUGACAAGCUGAAAAACAAUAAUAAAGACUACUUUCUUAAUAAUAUUUUUUAUUAAUUUUCAAUUACAAUCCAAUGAUAGCCUCAUUAUACAAUACCAAAUUAUAAUACCCAUCGUUCGAAUACUAAAUUAUAUAAUUUAGGUGGCCUCCCCACGUGCUAGAAUUGCUGGUUUGAUGAUUUUCUUUAUUUCUGCAUUCCAAAAUCUUAUUACCGUAUUUUUCGUCCCAUAGGACGCUCCGUCCCAUAGUUUUUUGGGGGGGAAAUAAAGGAAAAAAUUUCCCCCUUUAUUUCCCCCCCAAAAGCAGGUCGGGGAAACCGAACAAGGUCGAGGAACAGCGGGAUAGCAGCGCUGCGCCUCCCUGCUGUCCCCCGAGCUUGUGGGGCUGGCCGAUGUCUGUCCGGUGCGCGGGGCGCUCUGCUUCAGGGCGCCCCGCCCGCCGGGCGGCAGACUGCUAUCCGCAGCGUGGGGAGCCCCGCGGGGAACUCCUGCAGGGCUCCCCACGCUGCGGAUGUCUGUCCGGCGCGCGGCAGACUGCUAUCUGCAGCGUGGGGAGCCCUGCGGGGACCUCCCGCAGGGCUGCCUAGGCUGCGGAUGUGUUCCCGAAGCACCGGGCGCUCUGCUUUCAGGGCGCCCGACACUCCGGGAAGCAGGCUGCUGUCCGCAGCCUAGACAGCCCUGCGGGACCUCCCGCAGGGCUGCCUAGGCUGCGGAUGUCUUCCUGAAGCCUGGAGAGUGAGAGGGGUCGGUGCGCACCGACGCCUCUCGCUCUCCAGGCUUCAGCGAAAGCCUGCAUUCGCCCCAUAGGACGCACCCAGAUUUCCCCUUCAUUUUUGGAGGGGAAAAAGUGCGUCCUAUAGGGCGAAAAAUACGGUAAUUUCAAUUACAUUCCAGUCACAAUAAUCCCUUAUACAACAACGGCAAUAUGAGUAACUUCUAUUCGUGUCGACACAUCAAAUGAUGUAUAGAAGUACAAGUAAGGCACUCAAAUUGUAUCCUUGUUCUUCUCUCCGUGGUGUCCUUGUAAAAUGUUAUGUCUAUCUUUUCCCAGUUGUUGCUGUUCUCCAUCAUGCCUCUUUCAAUAAAGACUAUUGAAAGAGAAAAUAAAUAAAAGGGGGGGGGGGAAACAACCCUCCAUUUUAAAAUUUUAUUUUAUUUUUACAACUGUAGGUUACCUUUUACAGAGCCUAGUUUGGCCCUAAAAGCACUUCUUGAAUUUACUAAACAUUUUAAAUGCCCUACUUUCCAGAUGAUGACUGUGCCACUAUCCAGCAAGAGAUUCUGAUGGUGAAGACCUGCAGCCAUCACAACAUCGUAGCCUAUUAUGGGAGCUACAUACGGUGAGAAAACCCCCUGCCCUUAUGGUUGGGAAAGGUCCGCCAAGAGCCCCAGCCAGGCCCAGCCAAUGUCAUUUCAUUCUUCUAAGGCAGGCUUCCCCAACCUCGGCCCACCAGAUGGUUUGAGACUACAAUUCCCAUCAUCCCUGACCACUGGUCCUGCUAGCUAGGGAUCAUGGGAGUUGUAGGCCAAAAACAUCUGGAAGGCCGAAGCUGAGGAAGCUUGCUCUAAGCGUUAUCUUCUUGGAGAAGGGGGCUGUCAAUGGCUACUGGCCCUGAUAGCACCGCCAUCCCAUAGUUGCCUUUGACUGGACUUAACAGUCCAGGGGUCCUUUACCUGCCACCACGAUCAGGGGUGGCCCACCUCUGAAAACCUUUAACCAGCAGUCACAAGUGGGGAGUGUGUUGCUGCCCUCAGGUCCUCCUUGUGGACAAGGGACACAGGUGGCGCUGUGGUCUAAACCACUGAGCCUCUUGGGCUUGCUGAUCUGAAGGUCAGCGGUUUGAAGGGGUGAGCUCCCGUUGCUCUGUCCCAGCUCCUGCCAACCUAGCUGUUCGAAAGCACACCAGUGCAAGUAGAUAAAUAGGUACCGCUGCAGCGGGAAAGUAAGCAGCGUUUCUGUGCGCUCUGGUUUCUGUCAUGGUGUCCCGUUGUGCCAGAAGUGGUUUAGUCCUGCUGGCUACAUGACCCGGAAAGCUGUCUGCGGACAAACGCCGGCUCCCUUGGCCUGAAAGCUGGAUGAGCGCCGCAACCCCAUAGUUGCCUUUGACUGGAUGUAACCGUCCAGGGGUCCUUUACCUUUUUACGUACCUUGUGGACAUCCCAUAGAGUCAUCUGGUUGGCCACUGGGAGAACAGGAAGCUGGGGGAGUGUGCUGGUCCUGGGGGGGGGGUUACCGUGAGGCAUGGUCAAAGUCCAGUCCUGGGCCGAGGGUCUGGAGACUGUCCACCAAGGAGGAAGCGGGGUCCAAAGCAAGAAGCCGGGUGUGGACAGGAACUCUGGAGAAACAGGUCUGGGUGCUGGCAGAAACAGGUUUCCAACGUCGUUGCUUCCACAACCUGGGACUGGGCUGACUGGCCUUUAUUUCCUCUGAGGCCAGGGGCGGCCCCGGCCCACAGGUGACCCGCCUUUUCUGGCCUUAAGGCGAGCACUCCUUCUGAGAGAACCCAGUUCCCUCUGCCUCUCUGCCCUGAGCCUCUGCAGCUCAGGAGAGGCUGGAGGGUUACUGGACCCAGGGGCAGCUUCACCUUCCCCUGACAGGGCUGGGAGAGGCGCACAUGCAGGCAAUGGGUCCUCAAUCACCUCCGGAGCCAGAGUGGAUACAUCUGGUGUCUGCUCCUGAGGAUCUGGCACAGGUGCAGACCCUUCAGAUUCAAGCCCCUGCCCCGGCUCAGCCAGCCCUGGAGGCAGGGACUCCUGUGCAGGCUGGGACUCCUCAGAUUCAGCUUCUGAAUCAGAUUCUCAGGCCAUCACAGGUAGAUAGUUCUUUAGCCUGAUCUAGCAGAGUUCUUCUUAUGCUUUUACGGUGGUACCAGGAUGGUGAAAGCUGUGUGUUUGUGUGUGUGUGUGUGUGUGUGUGUGUGUGCGCUGUGGGGGAGACAGCUUCAAGACUGCUGAGGUGCAGUUGAGAUGGCCCUGAUCCCUAUCCCAGUCCUCCCCUCUGUCCCUCAUUUCACACUCAAUGACAAACCUUUCCAUCUCUGCUUUCUUACUAGGUUCAACAAGUUGUGGAUCUGCAUGGAGUUCUGUGGGGGAGGCUCUCUUCAAGAUGUCUACCAAGGUAACACUGAUUCCCUGCCCCACCAGUGGCCAGAGGGAAUUGGGCAUUUAGGCCUUCCUGUUGUUGUUGUUGUUGUUUAGUUGUUUAGUCAUGUCUGACUCCUCGUGACUCCAUGGACCAGAGCACGCCAGGCACUCCUGUCUUCCACUGCCUCCUGCAGUUUGGUCAAACUCAUGCUGGUAGCUUCGAGAACACUGUCCAACCAUCUCGUCCUCUGUCGUCCCCUUCUCCUUGUGCCCUCCAUCUUUCCCAACAUCAGGGUCUUUUCCAGGGAGUCUUCUCCUCUCAUGAGGUGGCCAAAGUAUUGGAGUCUCAGCUUCAGGAUCUGUCCUUCCAGUGAGCACUCAGGGCUGAUUUCCUUCAGAAUGGAUAGGUUUGAUCUUCUUGCAGUCCAUGGGACUCUCAAGAGUCUCCUCCAGCACCAGAAUUCAAAAGCACCAAUUCUUCGGCGAUCAGCCUUCUUUAUGGUCCAGCUCUCACUUCCAUACAUCACUACUGGGAAAACCAUAGCUUUAACCAUACGGACCUUUGUCGGCAAGGUGAUGUCUCUGCUUUUUAAGAUGCUGUCUAGGUUUGUCAUUGCUUUUCUCCCAGGAAGCAGGCGUCUUUUAAUUUUGUGACUGCUGUCACCAUCUGCAGUGAUCAUGGAGCCUUCCUACCUGCCCCCAUAUUAACAACAUAUUAACAAAAAAUAUUGUUACGGAUGUGAGAGCAGAUAUUUCAUAGAAUUGUAGAAUCUUAGCGUUGAAAGGGGCUCCUGGGUCCUCUAGUCCAACCCAGGAAUCUAGUCCAAUGCAGGAAUCUCAGCUAAGGCAUCCCUAACAGAUGGCCGUCCAACCUCUGCUUAAAAACCUCCAAGGAAGGAGAGUCCAUCACCUCUCAUGGCAGUCUCUUCCACUGCCGAACAGCUCUUACUGUCAGAAAGUUUUCCCAAAUGUUUAGUCGGAAUCUCCUUUCUUGCAACUUGAAGCCAUUGCCUCAAGCCCUACCCCCAAAAGCAGGGGAAAACAAGCAUUUCCUCUAGGCCAGAGAAGGGGGACCCGCGGCUCUCCGUACAUUGUUGGACUCCAACUCCCAUCAGCUUCAAACAGCAUGGCCAAUGGGCAGGGAUGAUAGGAGUGUUAGAAUUCCUGCUCCAUGAUUGCAGUCAUGGGAUUGUUGUCUUUCACAUGACGGUGUAUAUUUUGACCCCACAGAGUGGGAUGUGAUGGAGACAGGAUGUUUGUGUUACUAUGUUCCGUGAAGUGGGACUAUUGUCCUUUGUUUUUUCUCUUUGCUGUCUGAUGCUAGAGAGAGAGGGAGCCAUGUUGCAGUGCUCCGUGUGUGUUUAUAUGUAAAUAAAGUAGAUUAGCCAAAAUGCUGAGUUGCUGAGGUCUGUUACGCAAGCUGUGAAGACUCUGCGGAUCCCUAAGUGUGCCGAUGUCGGUUGGCAUCGGUCGCUGUGAUGUUCAGGCUGAAAAAAAGCUUUUGAAGCUCCCGAACGAUCGACCGGGAGGGAGAGAACAUGCCAGUCGGGCAUGUGUCUCUGCCAGGGUCCUACUCGAGUGUAGGACAAGCUCCUGACAGGGAGUUGUAGUCUAACAACACCAGAAGGGCCACAGGUUCCCCCUUCCUUGCUAUAGGUUGUUCUACAACUAGUUUAAGUUGUGUCCUCUCAAUGGCUGCACUUUUAUAUGACUAUUCUAUUUUAUACUUUCGGGGGGGGGGAAUAGGCGAAUAGAAACACAGCCACGCUUCAAAAUUUGCACUUUCCCGAAAUUUACAGUGCAGCUCUCCACCCACAGAUGUGUACAAGAACACAUAGGGCAAAAUGUUCACAAAAUGCAUUUGCUGCUGGAAAUAACAUAAAAAUGCAAUAUAUUAGGGGAAACCACUUUGCAAAGAAGCAUGUGUAUACUAGGAGAAAUUUGCACUAAAAUGCUGUUGAAUUUUCACAAAGACUUGCAAGGAAAAUUGCAAACUGAUGUGGAAAUGUGAAAGUUGGAACUUAAGGUUGGAAAAAAUGAGACACGGAAAGAAACUGAAACUGACAGACUCCCUCAUCCCUGGUGUCAUGGACUGGCUGGAGGCAGAGGAGUGGUACCAGCUGGGAAGCCCCCAAGGGAAGAAGGCUCAGGGCCAGGGGAUUGGUGUUGGGCCAACAAGGAGAGAGAAGACUGGGAGGAGGAUGUGCCGGAAGCGAAAGAGGCAACAGGAUUUAGUGAGCUGGGAGAGUCUGUGGCAGAGAGCAGUCCAGAAUCAGGGACAGGAGAGGAGGCUGGAGAGGAGGGGGGGGGCAAGAAGCAGAGAUGAGGCAGGCUGGUGAGGAAGCCAGGGAGUUUCCCUCUCCUUCUGCAGCCAGCUCCCUGGUCUCUCAGGACCAGAAGAGGCAUGAAGAGGGUGGAGCAAAGGCUGGCAAGACAAAGGAACCUCAAAUUGCUUGGGAAGGAACAAGGGGAGGAGGAGACUUAGUGAACUGUGGAAAGUGGGGCCUUCAUUCCCCAUAACUGCCUCAUCAGGGCAAAAUCUUUUGGGAAGAGUUACUGUGCUCACUAGGCCUGAGCUGUUUGUUUCUUUGAAUAAAGUGUUAACUUCAUUGACACCUUGUGAGUUUUUGCUUACCUGCUCCUGAUACCUAGUGUGAUGGCUUGGGAUUCGGAGGGUGAACCUGAGGAAUCCCAGCCUGCACAGGAUUCCCCGCAUCCAGAACCAGCUGAGCCGGGGCUGGGGCAUGAGCCUGAAGGGUCCUCACCUGUGCUGGAUCCUCAGGUGCAGGCACCAGCUGAGUCUGCUUUGGCUCCUGAGGUGAUGGAGGACCCAUUGCCUGCUGGUGCUCCACUCUCAGCCCCAUCAGGGGAAGCUGAGGUUGCCUCUGGGUCCGGUAACCCUCCAGCCUCUCCUGAGCUGCAGAGGCUCAGGGCAGAGAGGCGGAGGGAACUAAGUUCCCGCAGGAGGAGUGCUCGCCUCCAGGCCAGGAGAGGCGAGUCACCUGUGGGCCGGGGCCACCCUAUGCCUUGGGGCAGAUAAAAGCCAGCCAGUCCCAGUCCCAAGUUGCGGGAGCAACAUUGUAGGUUGCCAGUUCCUGCCUGAACCCUGUCCUGCUUUCCUGCCGGAGCUCCUGACCUCACCCGACUCCCUGCCCUGCUCCCAGCUUCAGCUUUUACGGACUGCCUCCAUACUGCACCUCAGACUGGACUCAGACCUUGCCUCUUGGUUAAGUCACGGGACCAGCACACCUAGUGACAAAGCAGAAGGACCCAGGUUCAGACCUAGCCUCUCUGGGCAGGGCUGGGAAAUAUCUGUGUCUUUAACCCCUGAAGUAGGGAUGGGAGGAUGUGUCCAUUUAGUCUUUCUUUGUUUCCCAUUUUCUUAAAUUCAUUUCUCUAGAUUCCCGUCACAAUUGGCGAAUUAUUAUUUUAAUCCUCAUGAAAAUUCAGCAGCGUUUGGGUGCAAACAGCUCCUAUGUAUGCAGUUUUGAUUUUACACGUUUUUGCAAGCACUUUCCCCCCAUAUAAUGCAUUUUUGUGUGUGUUAUCUUCACGGACGUACUGAUUUUUAUGUACACCUUCCUCCAAUAUUUGCAUUUUGGCUGGCUGGAGAACUACCUUGCAAAAUUCAAGUAAGUGCAAAUUUCAGAGUAUGGUUGUAUUUCGGUAAACAUACUGAUUCUGAAAGUAUGAAUAAGGAAUAGAUCCUCCCUUGAAAUGCAAACUUUUAAACCCUUGCUCUCGACAGCCAUUGCAAGUCAGUGCGGAAGAUUGAAUUCGCACAAGGCAGGUUCCCAUUUUCUGAGCAGAUCACCAAAGAUUUGCAUUCGGAAGCAGCUGCGGGAGGUAGCUGAGGGGCGGCAGAGAGGUCCCGUCCCAGAUCUCCCACACCCUGUCUCUUUUGACCCUGUGGAUCUCUUGACAAUACUGCCAGGACAAAAACAGUGACCCUGUUAGGUUAAGUACUGCCCCCACCACCCACUGCCCUCCCAGUUCUGUAUUCUUGCAUGCACAUCCUCCUUGCGAGGGGAGAUGGGGCAGGCAGGGAGUAAGACGUGAUACCAAGCCGCCUCCGUCCUGAACUGCAGAAGUGAAACUGAGUGUGGUCAAUUCACUCUCUGUACCGUUUGAAACGGCACCUGUCUCUAAGGAAGAAUGGGCACCCUUCCAAGCGCACCCCCCCCGAUUCCGCUUAUAUUGCUUUGCAUCCUUGAGUCUGCUUCCGUUACUCACGAGGACGGGCAAAAGACGCUAUGGCUGUGCGCAAACCACACACUUAAAGCACCCAAACACACAAUAAUAUUGGGAAUUGUCUGUUAAGGGCGCUAGGAAUUGGAGUUGUGGGAAGGGGUAAAACGCAGCUCCCAGGAUUCCUUUUGCUUUUUGGGGUGGGUGGGAAUGCACUUUAAAUGUAUGGUAUGUAUAAUAAUGGGAAGCGGGUAGUGCUGUGGGAAGCGGGUAGAGCCUAGGACUUGCCGAUCAGAAGGUCGGCGGUUCAAAUCCCCGCAACAGGUUGAGCUCCCAUUGCUCGGUCCCUGCUCCUGCCAACCUAGCAGUUCGAAAGCACGUCAGCGUGCAAGUAGACAAAUAGUUACCGCUCCGGCAGGAAGGUAAACGGCGUUUCUGUGCGCUGCUCUGGUUCGCCAGAAGUGGCUUAGUCAUGCUGGCCACAUGACCCGGAAGCUGUACGCCGGCUCCCUUGGCCAAUAAAGCGAGAUGAGCGCUGCAACCCCAGAGUCGGUCACGACUGGACCUAGUGGUCAGGGGUCCUUUUACCUUACCUAUGUAUAAUAAUAAUAAUAAUAAUAAUAAUAAUAAUAAUAAAUUUAUCAUUUGUACCCCGUCCAUCUGGCUGGGUUUCCCCAGCCACUCUGGGCGGCUUCCAACAAAGAUUAAAAAUACAUUAAAAUGUCACACAUUAAAAAUUUCCCUGAACAGGGCUGUCUUCAGACGUCUUUUAAAUGUCAGGUAGUUGUUUAUCUCUUUGACAUCUGGUGGGAGGGCGUUCCACAGAGCGGGUGCCACUGCCGAGAAGGCCCUCUGCCUGGUUCCCUGUAGCUUUGCUUCUCGCAGUGAGGGAACCGCCAGAAGGCCCUCGGCGCUGGACCUCAGCGUCUGGGCAGAAUGAUGGGGGUCGAGACAUUCAGGUAUACCUGCAGGUAUACUGGGCCAAGGCCGUUUAGGGCUUUAAAGGUCAACACCAACACUUUGAAUUGUGCUCGGAAAUGUACUGGGAGCGUAUGUACACAACUCAAUACUCCCUGAUCACCUGCUCUCCCUACCCCUCUCUCAAAUACAGCUUCUGAUACAUUACCCAGGCAUUGCCUUAAGGACUAGAAACUUAAAUGUCUGUUUUAAAAGGAAGGCUGAGGCUGAAAGUCCUCACAACCCGCUAAGGGAUAUAACAAUGCAAUAAAAUUCGAAACACUAACAGUUCAUUGCACAUUUGUUCGGAAUACAAUUAGAAGCAUUCAGUUUAAUUGAUCCAACAAAAUUAAAGAACGCCGUGCAGCGAUACCAGAUAGUCCUUUUUACAUCUCUAUUGCCCUCCUGCUGCCCUCUUGCCUCUUAGCGCCCCCCAGGGGGGCAAUACCACCCACUUUGUGAACCUCUAGUUUAACUCUUAGGCGUUUUCUUGUUUUCUCCCUAAUAUGUGUUGUGGUGGGUGGGUUUGGUCCUUGGCAAUUUGAGAUGUUCGUCUCCCUUCCCCCCCUUUGCGUUUUAGCUCAGUAGGCACAGCACAAUCAUAGCAGCACAUUAGACAAUCAAAAGCCAACCACAGCGCUUCCAAUUCACACUCUUGCUUUCAACAGCUGUCACCUCUUGACUUCCUCUCCCCCUCGCAAGUGUCCUCCUGGGUUGCUGGCGGAGAGAUCAAAAGAUUAUAUUGACUGAGGCUCCUCACAUUGGGGCUCUCGGCUCCGCCCAUGAGCGGAUAAGCCAUCUCAGUAUGCGGAUGAUACCCAGCUCUAUCUCUCUUUUAAAUCAGAACCAGUGAAGGCGGUGAAGGUCCUGUGUGAGUGUCUGGAGGCGGUUGGAGGAUGGAUGGCGGCUAACAGAUUGAGGCUGAAUCCUGACAAGACAGAAGUACUGUUUUUGGGGGACAGGAGGCGGGCAGGUGUGGAGGAUUCCCUGGUCCUGAAUGGGGUAACUGUGCCCUGAAGGACCAGGUGCGCAGCCUGGGAGUCAUUUUGGACUCACAGCUGUCCAUGGAGGCACAGGUCAAAUCUGUGUCCAGGGCAGCUGUUUACCAGCUCCAUCUGGUACGUAGGCUGAGACCCUCCCUGCCCGCAGACUGUCUCGCCAGAGUGGUGCAUGCUCUGGUUAUCUCCCGCUUGGACUACUGCAAUGCGCUCUACGUGGGGCUACCUUUGAAGGUGACUCGGAAACUACAACUAAUCCAGAAUGCGGCAGCUAGACUGGUGACUGGGGGCGGCCGCCGAGACCAUAUAACACCGGUCUUGAAAGACCUACAUUGGCUCCCAGUACGUUUCCGAGCACAAUUCAAAGUGUUGGUGUUGACCUUUAAAGCCCUAAACGGCCUCGGUCCAGUAUACCUGAAGGAGCGUCUCCACCUCCAUCGUUCUGCCCGGCCACUGAGGUCCAGCGCCGAGGGCCUUCUGGCAGUUCCGUCAUUGAGAGAAGCAAAGCUACAGGGAACCAGGCAGAGGGCCUUCUCAGUAGUGGCGCCCGCCCUGUGGAACGCCCUUCCAGCAGAUGUCAAAGCGAUAAACAACUACCUGACAUUCAGAAGACAUCUUAAGGCAGCCCUGUUUAGGGAAGUUUUAAACGUGUGAUAUUUUACUGUAUUUUUGGUUUCUAUGGAAGCCGCCCAGAGUGGCUGGGGAGGCCCAGCCAGAUGGGCGGGGUAUAAAUAAUAAAUUCUUCUUCUUCUUCUUCUUCUUCUUCUUCUUCUUCUUCUUCUUCUUCUUCUUCUUAUCUCUGUGCAUCUUCUGCAAAGGGGGCAGGCAGCAGCCCUGACCCCAAGGCAUUCAGAUUUCGGCACCUGGGCAGUUGCUUUGUGCACCUCUGGGACUGGGCUGGGCUUUGCAGCAAAAGUGGUGAGGGGAUCUGAAGAAAGAAAGAAAUGGGUUUCUGCACGCUGGUGGCACCCGAAACAAACAAAAAACAAAGGGUUGGGCUGCAGAAGAGGCAAAGUGAAUUUUGCAGAGGGGGUGUUUUCCCCCCCUGCAUGUUAAAUGUCUGAUAGCUAAAUAAUGGUAUAGAUAGCAUUAAGGUUCCCAGCAUAAAUUCCUCUGGGGAGAGCCGCAGCUCAAUGGUAGAUCAUCUGCUCUGCAUCAUCAUCAUCAUCAUCAUAUUAUUAUUAUUAUUAUUUAUACCCCACCCAACUGGCUGGGUUUCCCCAGCCACUCUGGGCAGCUCCCAACCAAAUAUUAAAAACACAGUACAGCAUUAAUGUUAUGUACUGAGUUGAAUAGGAUUCAGAAUGCAGCAGUCUGAUUGGUCCUAGAACAAUAGGAUUCAGAAUGCAGCAGUCUGAUUGAUCCUAGAACAAUAGGAUUCAGAAUGCAGCAGUCUGAUUGGUCCUAGAACAAUAGGGUCCAGAAUGCAGCAGUCUGAUUGGUCCACAGGAGCCACCCAAUCCAACUCCAGGUGGAAGUGAAUCCACAACCUGAUUGGCCUACAGGAGAAUCCCGGAAUUAGCCAAUCACGUGGGGCCCAUUGUGUAAAUAAUGUAUAUAAAGCAGACAUUCUGGGGGAACUUCCAUUCCUCCUCACCACUAUGAGCUGAAUAAAGAGCAUGAAAUCCACUCUCGACUCCGAGUAUAUUUCAAUCAAACCUUAAAAACUUCCCUAAACAGGGCUGCCUUCAGAUGUCUUUUAAAAGUAAGAUAGUUGCUUAUUUCCUCGACAUCUGAUGGGAGGGCGUUCCACAGGGCGGGCGCCACUACAUGCAGAACGUUCCAGGUUUAAUCCUUGGCAACAUCUCCAGAGGUAAGGCUGGAAGUGACUCCCUGUGCAAAAUCAUUGAGAGUCACUGCUGGUCAAAUGUAGACACAAUUAUAAUUGAUUAUUUAUUUAUACCCCACCUUUCCCCCCUGACAGGACUCAAGGACAGACAAAAAGACUACUGAGCUAGUUGCGUAUAACGCAGCUCCCAACAUUCCUGUAUUUUCUCAUAUUGGUUCGAUUCUGACUUUCAGCCAGGCGUGUUUAGCGUUGCAUCAUUAUCUUAAUUUCCGGUUCGUGAUUCAAUUGUGAUUUUGUGUGUGUGAAGAAACGCCUUUCCUUUGAGUAACCACGGGGGUCUAGCAAUGAGGGGUGCCCGCCCCAUUCCCUCCAACGCCGCCUGCGUGAUGCUCACGACAGAAGCGACCCCAGCUGCGCUUAUUAUCACCUUUGCUCAUUGCUCUGAUCUUCUCCUGCCCUGAACUUUGAAGACGGGGGAAAUGCCUGAGGAGACAUGCCAGGGAUUGGCAAAGCAUCUCAAUGACCGCGGAGCCUCCUCUGGUCUUUCGGAAUGUCAACAGCUCUAUGGUUUCGGUCCUCCACUUCGGGAUUAAAGAUGGCGCUCACCAUCUCCCCUUCCUUUUGCAGUCACCGGGCCCCUGACAGAGCCGCAGAUUGCCUACGUGUGCCGAGAAACACUGCAAGUGAGUAUGAACGUACGGGUGGGUCUUAGGCCACGCCCCCUUGGCAGCCAUAUUGUGGCUGGUGCCCACGGCACUUUGUCCCCCACUUGCUUUUAAGCAGUAUCACACCACUUUAAACUGCCUCAAUGUCUUCUUCUCUCAGUGACUCCUGAGUGGUUUAACAGUCAGGGAACGCUUGGGAGCUGUGCCUCCAUAGGGAGAAUAAGAGUCUCCUAACCAUUCUUAGCUGUUUCAUCAGUGUUUAAUAAAUAAUAAUAAUAUUUUUUUUAUUUAUAUCCCCCUCUCCCCAGCCGAAGCUGGGCUCAGAGUGGCUAACAACAAUAAAAGUAACACAGCAUUCUAAAAUCAAUUCGUUUUAAAACCAAUUCAAAAUCAAAUUCAUAGCAACCAUUGGUCUAGAGUGCUAUGAGGGUUACCAAAGGAGGGGGUCAGACUGCGCCUUGACCAAAGGCCUGGUGAAACAGCUCUGUCUUGCAGGCCCUGCGGAAAGAUGUCAAGUCCCUCAGGGCCCUAGCCUCUUGUGACAGAGCGUUCCACCAGAUUGGAGCCACAGCCGAAAAAGCCCUUGCUCUGGUUGAGGCCAGCCUAACCUCCCUGUGGCCCGGGACCUCCAAGGUGUUUUUGUUUGAAGACCGUAAGGUCCUCCGUGGGACAUACCAGGAGAGGCGGUCCCGUAGGUACGAGGGUCCUAGGCCUUAUAGGGCUGGUUAAAACCAGCACCUUGAACCUGAUCCUGUACUCCACUGGAAGCCAGUGCAGCUGGUAUAGCACCGGGCGAACGUGAUCCCGCGGCGAGGACCCCAUAAAGAGUCUUGCCGCGGCAUUCUGCACCCGCUGGAGUUUCUGGGUCAGUCUCAAGGGCAGCCCCACGUAGAGCGAGUUACAAUAAUCAAGUCUGGAGGUGACCGCUGCGUGGAUCACAGUGGCGAGGUCAGGGCGAGAGAGGUAUGGUGCUGCUUUGAAUGUAUGGGGCAGAUAGGGCCUUUCUGAAAAACCAGGAGUAUUGACUGGUCCAAAAAGGUUGGCAAACCAUGGUGUACUGUGUGCUUCAGAAACUAUGGACAGCUUGGAGGGGCCCCUGAGAGUCUCCUGGUUCAUGAGUCAAAGUUCUAUUGCCCCUGCCAAUAAGAGUGGCUGGUUCCAUAAUGUGGGUCUUUAAUUUCACCCUCUAGGGUCUGACUUAUCUUCACAACCAGGGGAAGAUCCAUAGAGACAUCAAGGUAAUAACAGAUCAGAACUUGGGGCAGGGCCGAGGCAAAGCAAAACACUUAUUUGUGCAGUGCUCAUGGGGCAAGAUUCUUAGCAACUGCAGCUUUUGUUUUUUACUCCUUGCCGGGAAAUACGCGAGACAGCGAAGGCUGCUUCGAACACAGAAAGGGCGCCGUUUCCCUCCUGAAAGUGAAACGGACUGUAAGCAAGGUCUGUGAGUGUGGCCCUGGGAUGGCCACACUUGUUUUAAAUCAUCACAGCUGUGUUUACUGAACCGCCACCUUCCCAUUUGCAUUCUCAAAGCAUGUAAACGUUAACUGCAAAAUGAACCCCACGGUGACGGAACAUGGAUAAAGUCAGAUUUUUAAAAGCAGCAACAGUGGCUGGUAGUCGUGGCAGGUCUCUGGCAGUGAUGUCAGAGAGGCUCUCGGGAGAGGCAGAAAGGCCCCCGGCUGUCAUUGGCCGGGCUGCUGUGACGCUGCAGAGGGGGCGGGGCGGUCGGAAGGUCUUAAGGCAGGCAUGGCCAAACUUGGCCCUCCAGAUGUUUUGGGACUACAACUCCCAUCAUCCCUAGCUAACAGGACCAGUGGUCAGGGAUGAUGGGAAUUGUAGUCCCAAAACAUCUGGAGGGCCAAGUUUGGUGGUGCCUGUACUAAGGAAACAAGGGGACAGGAUCUAGGGAAAGAAGGGAGAGGACGUGAAGGGGGUUUGACAAGUAGAACAGAGUGACAUGAAGAGGAAGUACGGUAGCUCAGUGGAACAAUGAGAAACACUGAUAUAGGAAGGAAAACCAGGUCAUAAAAUGUGCAAGCUGUAGUUCACCUGGUUGUUAGGGAAAUAAAAAACUUAACAUGUGGGGAAUUCCUACCCUUAAAGUGUGGGGAAGAGCACUGCGUGGAACCCUACUUCAACUGACUGCCUCUAAAGGCAGUGUGGUGCAGUGGUUAGUGUCAGGCUAGGACCUGGGAGCUGAGGCUCCAAUACUUUGAGAAGAGAAGACUCCCUGGAAAAGACCCUGAUGCUGGGAAAGAUGGAGGGCACAAGGAGAAGGGGACGACAGAGGACGAGAUGGUUGGACAGUGUUCUCGAAGCUACCAGCGUGAGUUUGACCAAACGGCGGGAGGCAGUGGAAGACAGGAGUGCCUGGCAUGCUCUGGUCCAGGGGGUCACGAAGAGUCGGACACGACUAAAAGACUAAGCAACAACAACAACAGGACCUGGGAGAGACCUGGGUUCAAAUCACCCCACUAGGCUAUGAAGCUCAGUGGGUGACCUUGGGUUGCGUCACUCACUCUCAGCUUAACCUACCUCACAGGGUUCUUGUGGGGGUGAAAUGAGGAGGGGGAAGAGAACCAUUUACCCCCACCUUAAGCUCUUUGGAUGAAAAAGGUGGGAUAUCAAUAAAUUAUUUCCCCCUCUGUCGCUUCACAUUUCAGGGAGCCAAUGUUCUCCUCAACGACCACGGGGAAGUCAAGCUGGGUAUGUCUCACCGUGUGUUUUAAGAUUACCAGAUCUGCCCCAGGGUCAAAUCUAAAUUUGCCAGGGUCGUGUGUUAAAGGAGAUGGGAAUUGUAGGUCUGCGAGGGGUAAACUAUAGUUCCCAAGAUUCCUGGGGUGCUUUAAAUGUACUAUAACAAUAUGAAAAUAAAGGGGUUGCAUCUCCAACACUGUUCCAACUCAGAGUAGACCCGCUGAAAUUAAUUGCCACGACUCACUCAGGUCCAGACAUUGCAGUGGGUUUACUCUGAGUAAAACUUAGUGGGACAGACUCCUAACAUAUUAAAAUCAGUUAAAGUUAUUUAUUUAUGACCAGAAGGAGAUUGGGAGGUGGUGCUUGUGGGUUUUCUUAAAACCCACGUUACCUUUCCCCAGAAUUUGAGCACUGUCCACAUUAGUUGGUCCUCAUUCUUCCAUUUCUGUUUCUUCCAUCCUGCAUUCCAGCGGAUUUCGGAAUCUCAGCUCAGCUCAGCGCCACCUUUGCCCGGAGAAUGUCCUUCAUAGGGACCCCUUACUGGUAAAAAGGACCAGCUGUUUGGUGGGGGUGGGUGUCGGGGGUGUGUGUGUCACCAACUGGCUUUUCAAAAUGGGUGGUGUCUGUAGAUUUGAAGGCAAUGGGCUGCAGGGAGAGGGAAGUAUUCCUCAACCAGCCCACCAGUGCUUCCCUCUGUUGAUGCAUCCGUAUUUCUAUUUUUUUUUUUUUAUAAAUGAUUUUUAUUAAGGUUUCAAUAAAAAGUUAGACAGAAAAACAUGGGGGAAAAAAUACACAAAUACACAAUACAUAAUCCAAAAAAAGAAGAAAAACACACACAAAAAAACAAAAAGCAAAGAAAGAAACAGAGCAAUUUAAAAACAAUAUCUCUUUUUCAAUUCCAUUUUUGAAUUUACUUAUUUUCUGGACUUCCUCAUACCUCCCUCUUUUGUAUUCCAGUCCAAAUUGUUUGUCCAGCAAUUUCUUUUCCACUUUUUUAAUCCCAAUCUUUAAUCUUAAUGUAAUAUAACAUCAAAAUUUUACCUCUUAAAUACCAAAUUUCCAUUUCCUUAGACUUCUUUAAUCCUAAUCUUUAAUCUUAAUGUAAUAUAACAUCAAAAUUUUACCUCUUAAAUACCAAAUUUCCAUUUCCUUAGACUUCUUUAAUCCUAAUCUUUAAUCUUAAUGUAAUAUAGCAUUAAAAUUUUACCUCUUAAGAUGCAUCCAUAUUUCUCAACCUGGGCUACAGCCUCCAUCAAUCCCAGACGUCCUGGUCAAUCGCAGAGUUGGAAGGCACCCCCUGCAAUACAGGAAUCUCAACUCAAGCAUCCGUGACUGAUGGCCACCCAACCUCUGUUUACAAACCUCCAAGGAAGGAGAGUCCACAAUCUCCCCGACGGAGUUCAUUCCACUGUUGAACGGCUGUUACUGUCAGAAAGUUCUUUCUGAUGUUUAGUCGGAAUCUCCUCCUUCUUGGUAAUUUGAAUCCACAGGUUUGAGUCCUGCCCUCUGGAGCAGGAGAAAACAAGCACGCUCCCUCUUCCAGGUGACAGCCCUUUAGAUAGCUGAAGAUGGCUGGCGUAUCACCUCUCAGGCUCCUCUUUACCAGACUAAACAUACUGAAAUAUACUCGGAGUCCUGCAGUGAUUUCAUGCUCUUUAUUUCAGCUUGUAAAACAGUGAUUCCUUUCCUCUCCCCUUAUAUACAUUAUUUACACAAUGAGUCCCGUCUGAUUGGCUGAUCAACUUCCUCCUGGAGCCUGAUUGGUCUUCUCCUGCAAACCAAUCAGUUGUUGCAUUCUAGGAUCCUAACUGCCUAUUGUUCUAGGGUCCAAGCUUAGUACACAACACAUACCCGGCUCCUUCAACCAUUCCUCAUAAGGCUUGGUUUCCAGACCUUUGAUCAUCUUGGUCUCCCUCCUCUGCACACCUUCCAGCUUGUCAAUUUCCUUCUUAAAGGGACGAUGGGAGUUGUAGUCCCAAAAGCACCUAGAGGGCACCGGGUCAGGGAGGGCUGCGGGUGGCAUGCAAUGGAAGGCGGGUGGCCUUUAAUCGAAGUUGUGGUGAGUCCCUCCUUGUGCAUGUGUUCCAGGAUGGCCCCAGAGGUGGCGGCCGUGGAACUCAAGGGCGGGUACAACGAACUGUGUGACGUUUGGUCCGUGGGGAUCACCGCUAUUGAGCUGGCGGAGCUUCAGCCCCCCCUGUUUGACGUACACCCUCUGCGGUGAGUUGCAUAUCCCCUCCCUUCUCUCUCUGGGCUGGGGGAGGUGGCGCAGGGCAACCACCUUGGUGCCAAUGAUUUAAUUGGGGGUUGUCUGAACAUGAAGUGAGAUCUCGAAAACCUGGGGGGUGUGGUGGUCAGGUGGGAUUGCUAUGAGGAAUUAUGAAAAAAAUGUAGCAAGCCAUUGUGUCAGCAAUGAACGCAUUGCUUGGACUGGGCUUGAGCCAUUUGACAUGAUUUCUGAUCGAAUCCCACAAGCCUCUGCCAUUUUCUUUCUGCCUGACAGUCACGUAUAGCAUUUUACACAGACCAGUUGCUUCACCAGGCAUCCUGGGCCAUAAGGAUAGAAGGUAGCUUUGAUGUAGAUUUUGUUAAUCUUUAGGCAGAUCUUAAGGGCUAGGAAAGGGAGGGGGUGGCGCUGUGAGUUAAACCACAGAGCCUAGGACUUGCUGAUCAGGAGGUCAGAGGUUUGAAUCCCACGACGGGGUGAGCUCCCGUUGCUCGGUCCCUGCUCCUGCCAACCUAGCAGUUCGAAAGCACGUCAAAGUGCAAGUAGAUAAAUAGGUACCACUCCGGCGGGAAGGUGAACGGCGUUUCCGUGCGCUGCUCUGGUUUGCCAGAAGCAGCUUAGUCAUGCUGGCCACAUGAUCCGGAAGCUGUACGCCGGCUCCCUUGGCCAAUAAAGCGAGAUGAGCACCGCAACCUCCGAGUCGGUCAUGACUGGACCUAACGGUCAGGGGUCCCUUUACCUUUUAAGGGCCAGGAAACGAGUUCACAAGGAGAUGGUAAAUACUAUCUUCCAUUGCCAUUGUCUAUGACAUCCUGGGUUUGCUAAAUGCAUUCCUCCUUGAUUCCUGUUUUAUUAACCUAAAAUAUGUAUGCAUGUAGUCUUUGUAGUUAAAAGGAUUUCUCUGAUCUAACUUGGUACCCACGUGGUAGGUGUUUUUGAAAUGCUCAGAGGAAAUCUGAUUGGUUCUUAUGAGCGCUGUGUUAAAAGUUCUCUUGUUAAUAAAAGGGACCUGGGCCGGGGUGUGACAGAUUAUUAUUUGCACUUCCUCCCAGAGUCUUGCUGGCCAAGCCUCGUGUGUAAUUUAUUAAACAGGGUCCAAUCCUUCCUCGCCUUCGGAACACAACAGGGUGUGUGUGUGAUGCUGCUGAAUAAGAAUUGGUGUCUGACAAUGUUGGAUGGGCAGGGCUUCAAACUAGGUCCUUGCCUCUCCCUGUGACUAGCAGAAUAAAUUAUGCAAAACAAAGGGCGGUCGUGCGGAAUUCAUGCCAGCAACAGAACCCAGCUUUUGUGGGUGCAGAAUUCAAGAAGGCAAGCACGAGGCAAGAAGCCUGCUCAUGAGCAGAGAAGGGUAGGCUUAUCUCCUUGUCCCACCUCACAGGGUCCUGGUGCUGAUGACAAAAAGCGGCUACCAGCCCCCCAAGCUCAAGGACAAAGCCCAGUGGUAAGUCCAAUUACAUGCUCAACAAUUGCAGGACUGCGGCGAGGGCGAACGACCUGAGGAGUGCAGCACGUUCCGCGUUACGAUUAAGAUUAUUUAUUCAGUUUAUCAGCUGCUGGUCACCCAAAGGUCUCCAAGUGACUUACAGCACAAUGAAAGCCUAAAUAUGAAUAUUCCACGCCACCCCAAUCCCCACAGUAGUGUGAGAUUUCAGGUGCCCGUGUUUCCUCUGAAAAGAAGGCACAGCAGAGACGGUGGUGUCCUUAUGAUAUAUGGUAUUAUUUACACAUACAGUGGUACCUCGGUUUACGAACUUAAUCCGUUCCGGAAGACUGUUCUUAAGCCAAAGCCGUUCUUAAAUUGAGGCGUCCUUUCCGUAAUGAGGCCUCACACCACCACUGCCCUUCCACCAUUCAACUUCUGUUCGUAGACCGAGAUAAAGAUCACUAACCAGAACACUACAGUCAUACCUCAUGUUAUGUUUGCUUCAUGUUACUUUUUUCAGGUUGUGUCCCGCGGCGGCCCGGAAGUACCGGAAAGGGUUACUUCCGGGUUUCGCCGCUCACACAUGCACAGAAGCGCCAAAUUGUUCCGCGCAGAUACGGUGCUUCAGGUUGCGGGCUUUCCAUGUUGCGAACGGGCCUCCGGAAUGGAUCCCUUUUGCAACCAGAGGUGCCACUGUACUUCCGGUUUUGCGGAGUUCAUAUACCGAAUAGUUCGUAAACAGUGCUGUUCUUAAACCGAGGUACCACUGUAUAUUCAACCUUGGCCCUUCUUGUGCCACUUUUCAGCUUGCAAAAGGGACACUUUUUUCCUGUUUGCUUACCUCAUCACCCGCUGCAAUUCUGGAAGCUUCCCCCUUCUGGUAUUCACUUUCGCUAAUUACCCAGAACUCAGGGUGGGGACUCCACACUCUGAGAAGGCUUUCACUGAUGGGUUAAUGACGGGCCAUCGUCUUCUUUUGUCCUCCUAAUGAGCCACGGUUUGUUAGCAUAAGCAGAGCCCAGGGAUUUCCAUGCUUGGUAGUUUAGUCAGCUCUUGAUUCAUUCUAAUUUUUUCCUGACUCCCGAGAAUUACAGGUGGCUUGCACCCACAAACUCUGGCACCUGGAGGCCUUUAACAAUAUAUUAUACCUUAACAGUCGCAGGAAACUUUGACAGCGGACUAGUGAAAAACAACAACAACAACAUUCUUAGUCUGUCAGAAGUCUGGGAAAAACAGACCAGCUUUUACUCAGGGGUCAGCAAACUUUUUCAACAGGGGGCCAGUCCACUGUCUCUCAGGCCUUGUGGGGGCCUGGACUAUAUUUUGAAGGGGAAAAAACGAACGAAUUCCUACGCCCCACAAAUAACCCAGAGAUGCAUUUUAAAUAAAAGCACACAUUCUACUCAUGUAAAAAAACGCUGAUUCCUGGACUGUCCAUGGGCCAGAUUUAGAAGGCGAUUGGGCAGGAUCCGGCCCCUGGGCCUUAGUUUGCCUACCCAUGCUUUACUGAAAAGAAAGCAAGGAAGGUGCUAGGCAGACCUUCAGCAGAGACAGACCUUCUCCUCAGAAAGCUACAAUUCCCAGUGUUCCCUGAAGAAAGGGAUUGCUUAUCAAACCGUUCUGGGAACUGUAGCUCUCCUGAGGGGAAAAGGGAAUCCUUAACAACUCUCAGCACUCUUAACAAACUACACUUCCCAGAAUUCUUUGCAGGAAGUGGUAUGACAUUGCUUUAAAUCAUAGCUGUCAAGCGUCCCUUAUUUGGCGGGACAGUCCCUUAUCCCAGCGCCAUGUCCCGCUGCUGUCCCUUAUUGAUGAUGUCCCUUAAAUAAGCUACUGAAGGUAAUGGGGCCCUUUCUAGGUCCAGCUGUCCUUUGUCAACAACAAAUUGUUGCUGUUUUUUGUGUGUUGAAUAUAUGCUAUAUGGUAAUUUAUGGACCUAAUAGGUAUCUAAAGCCAUUUGCAUGCAACAAAAUAUGUAUUUUAUCAAAGUAAUUGUUGAUCCCUUAUUUUCGAGGUUGCUGGUCCCUUAUUUUCAAAUCUGUAAGUUGACAGCUAUGUUUUAAAUGCAUAGAGUAAAUAGGGGCCGUAAGUCGGAGCUUACAGCCAUAAACUCUCCUUGACCAUGGGUGCUCCUGUCCCCACAGGAGUCAGGCCUUUCACCACUUUGUCAAGGUGACGCUGACCAAGAAUCCGAAAAAGCGUCCCACUGCCUCCAAAAUGCUGACCGUAAGUAUCCCAGUCGCCUCCCCUCCCUUCUCCGUUCAUGAGGGAGGGGUAGGUUUUGUAAUCAGCUUCCCGCUAAAACAACACGUCGAAGGUGGCUUAAAAGCCUUCUAAAUGUGCAUGGAGGUGGGUGGGUGGGUAUAACCACACCAGGUACAGUCUUCAAGUUUCUCUUGCACUGAGGAAGAGGCAAGCUGUACUUUGCGACACCUAAGUGGCUUGCCUCUUCGGCAUAAUGUCGGAAGCUGUAAAUAUGGCUAUCUCCCUCUCCACCUGCCGUGGCUCUUGUCCAAGGAUGGAUUCCAGCUAUCUCCAACUCACCCCUUCCUUUCACCAGCACCAGCUAGUUUCCCAGGAAAGGCUCAGCCGCAGCCUGACCCUCGAGCUCCUGGAGAAACUGCGCAACCCUGACAAACUUUCCAGCUGCAGAGGCGAGCCGGAUGAAGAGGAGCAAGAGGUGAGAGCGGAUGGGACGAGGUUGCAGAAUGAGACCCCUGUUUUCCCCACAUGUAUGUUGCAGUUUCGCUAUAAAGCCAAUUGACACCGGUCUGUAUUAUGGAUGCAACAAACAGCUGAGGGUUUCUGUUCUGAAGCGAAACAUCUCUAUUUGCAACUGCGGAAAAGCGUCCCGAAAGCAAACUGGUUUUCUGAACAAUGUGUUGCGCGGUUAAGCCACUUAAUGCAGGAAGGGUGAACUGUGUGAAAUAGUCAGUUGUGCAAUAGCAAGCCGUCCAGCAUUGAGAUGGGUAACAAAGAUGGACUGGCAAAGGGCAAUGUCUCCCAAGGCCAAAAAUGGCACUAGGUGAUGACCCCUGCUCUUGGGGUUAUACAGCAGAAAACACACACUAACAACCCCUCCCCAAUACAAUCUGUUUUCUUGACCACAGACACCCCCACCUCCAGUGCCCCGAAGAAUUCGCUCCAGCCAACGGCAAGGUGUGACCUCACCGGGAUGCACCAACUCCAGGGGUAUGUCUGCCCCACUGCGCUCCUGCACAGGGGCCCCAUUGCUUCUCUCCUUGCCCCUUUGCAUGCUGGGCUUGCACCCCCACUCCUCUCCAGACGGCCCUCCUGCAAGCUCCGCCCCACUUUCUGUCUCCACCUACCACGGAGUGACCCUUCUCAAUAACUCCCUUCCUCUCAUCUCAUUGCAGCCCAUGAUUGCAGCCCAACACUCAGGAACAGGCAGAGUCCGGAGUCCCCGAACUUCACGGUACCUCCUCACCCCUCCCUCCCUGUUCCAGUUGAUACACAGCUGUUGUCCCAUUUGCUCCUCCAAAAGAUAUGGUUCUUUUAUUUCAGGCAUAGGCAAACUCUGCCCUCCAGAUGUUUUGGGACUACAACUCCUAUCAUCCCUGACCACUGGUCCUGUGAGCUAGGGAUGAUGGGAGUUGUAGUCCCAAAACAUCUGGACGGCCCAGUUUGCCUAUGCCUGCUUUAUUUAACCGCUUUGUAUUUUAUCCCCUAACGCUGGUUACCAGAGGGUUGCUGGAUUUAUCUUUCUGGGGCUGGGCUUACACUGGGGAAUUUGAUCUCUCCAUCACCCCUGGCUGGUCACGUUUGUUAGGUUUGAUCUAUGAAAACCCCCUUCGCAGUGUGGUUCGGCCCAGCACUUUGAAAGCAGCUUCCUGUGACCCAAGGGUGAGUCUCACUGCAAACACCUUCCAAGCACUAUUUGGGAGAGCGCUUUGAAAAGGAGCUUCUGAGCUCGACACAAAUGGCAGUGGCUGAGCUUUGUGAACCACCUCUGGAAAUAAGUGCUGUCUUGCAGGAAGCGCUGUGGUCUAAACCACUGAACCUCUUGGGCUUGCUGAUCAGAAGGUUGGCGGUUCAAAUCCCCGUGACGGGGUGAGCUCCCGUUGCUCUGUCCCAGCUCCUGCCAACCUAGCAGUUCGAAAGCAUCCCAGUGCAAGUAGAUAAAUAGGUACCAUUGCGGUGGGAAGGUAAACAGUGUUUCCAUGCGCUCUGAUUUCCAUCACGUUGUCCCGUUGGGCCAGAAGGGGUUUAGUCAUGUUAUUUAUAUGCUGCCCAUCUGACUAGGUUGCCCCAGUCACUGUGGGCAGCUUCCAAAAAAUAUUGAAACAUCAACACUGCUGCCACCCCUGCCACCAUCGUGGGUCCUCCUUUGAAGACCGGUUCCUCCAGUCUUUGCUUUCUGUUUGCAGGAAAUCUCUGCGGAUUCUGGAUAUUGUACUGGCAGCCACCUCUAUGGCGCUGCAUUUGUCAGUAGGUAAGGGUGCUACUUUUAUAUUCCUGUUGUCUUUGUCCAUGGAGUUUUCUUGGCAGGGAUACUGGAGUGGCUUGCCGGUUCCUGCUCCAGGUGGAUCACGUUUGGUCAAAACUCUCCACUAUGACCUGUCCAUCUUGGGUGGCCCUGCACGGCAGAGCUCAUAGCUUCUCUGAGUUAUUCAAGCCCCUUCACCACGGCAAUGCAGUGAUCCAUGAAGGGGAGGCAGUGAUCUAUGAAGGGGGAUCACUUCAUUCCCAGUAGUGAUGUAUGGAAGUGAGAGCUGGACCAUAAAGAAGGCUGAUCGCCGAAGAAUUGAUGCUUUUGAAUUAUGGUGCUGGAGGAGACUCUUGAGAGUCCCAUGGACUGCAAGAAGAUCAGACCUCUCCAUUCUGAAGGAAAUCAGCCCUGAGUGCUCACUGGAAGGACAGAUCCUGAAGCUGAGGCUCCAAUACUUUGGCCACUUCAUGAGAAGAGAAGACUCCCUGGAAAAGACCCUGAUGUUGGGAAAGAUGGAAGGCACAAGGAGAAGGGGACGACAGAGGAGGAGAUGGCUGGACAGUGUUCUCGAAGAUACCAGCAUGAGUUUGACCAAACUGCGGGAGGCAGUGGAAGAGAGGAGUGCCUGGCGUGCUCUGGUCCAGGGGGUCACGAAGAGGCGGACACGACUAAACAACUAAACAACAACAACAACAAGGGUGCUACUGCAAUUAUUAUUAUUACCAUUGCUUUAUGAAUUGCCUUCUAAACCAUCGUCUCAAGGCGAUUUCCACCUAAAAAUAAUUUAGAAGAGCUAAAAAUGCGAAAAAAAAGCAAAUACAUUUAAAAACGAGGCUGAGACCCUGACACUCGUGAUCUAGACCCUUUUAUCCAGCUGGAUCACUGCCUUGCUGUGGCGAAGGGGCUUGAAUAACUCAGAGAAGCUAUGAGCUAUGCCGUGCAGGACCACCACGCUCUAGCCAGUCCCAUUCUACAGCCUUAUAUCUUGCUUCCCUUUCCUUUAUAGGGAGGAUUCGGCAGACUCAGACCACGAUUACGACGACGUGGAUGUGUAAGUGGCAGAGUCUUUCUGUCUCCCUUUGAGGGUACAACCAGUUUUGGAGUUAUAUUACAAAGCGUUAGGAGCACGUCAGGUUGGCAAAAGUUCCAGCAGGGUUUAGGAACCAGGAGGUUGAGGCAAAUGCUUCCCCAAAGGGUUGGAUAGAUGAGCUCCAAGCAUUUCUUUAACCUACCAUUAGCAAAACCCAUAACCCAGGGGUCAGCAAACUUUUCCAGCAGGGAGCCAGUCCACUCUCCCUCAGACCUUGUGGAGGGCCGGACUAUUUUUUUUUGGGGGGGGAGAAUGAAUUCCUAUGCCCCACAAAUAACCCAGAGAUGCAUUUUAUAUAAAAGCACACAUUCUACUCAUGUAAAAUGGCCUCGGUCCUAUAUACCUGAAGGAGCGUCUCCACUCCCAUCAUUCAGCCCGGACACUGAGAUCCAGCGCCGAGGGCCUCCUGGCGGUUCCCUCAUUGUGAGAAGCGAGGUUACAGGGAACCAGGCAGAGGGCCUUCUUGGUAGUGGCGCCCGCCCCAUGGAAUGCCCUCCCUUCAGAUGUGAAGGAAAUAAGCAGCUAUCCUAUCUUUAAAAGACAUCUGAAGGCAGCCCUGUUCAGGGAAGUUUUUAAUAUUUAAUGCUGUAUUGUUUUUAACACUCAAUUGGGAGCCGGCCAGAGUGGCUGGGGAAACUCAGCCAGAUGGGCGGGGUAUAAAUAAAUUUAUUAUUAUUAUUAUUAUUAUUAUUAUUAUUAUUAAAACACCAGGCAGGCCCCACAAAUAACCCAGAGAUGCAUUUUAAAUAAAAGGACACAUUCCACUCAUGCGAAAACACGCUGAUUCCUGGACCGCCCGCGGGCUGGAUUUUGAAGGCGAUUGGGCUGGAUCCGGCCCCCGGGCCUUAGUUUGUCUACCCAUGCCUUAAAGUACCCCUUUGUUGCUGUUGCUCUCCCAAGCCCGUCCUCUAACUCUUCUCUCUGUUUUCCUUCCUUUUGGGGGCACCUCUUAAUGUUGGUCUUCCAGACCCAGCAGAUACGAUGCAAGCAGGUAACUCAUUCCCCCAAUGCGUUUUAAAAUACAGGGUGGGCAUUGGUGGGAUUGCUACGAUGCCAUAAAAUAUUUGUGACUUACAGUUUGGAGGAAAAGGGAGCACUAGCUUCAGCUGUGAGCCGUUUGGCUGCUUUCUUGUUGGAGAUGAGAUCCUGCCUUGGCUUCGCACAUUUCAUGGCAGUGAUGGAUCUUGCUAGCAGAACUUUGGCUGGGUUGGAGGGGAAUAAAAGCAGGCAGCAGAAUCUCAACCCCCCCCCCUUGAAAUGGACCCUUCCUUCUUUUUUUUGUGUGUAAAUUUUAUUAAGUUUUCUGUAUUCCAAUUUAAAAUAUGGUGGUACCUCAGGUCGCACACAGGAUCCGUUCCAGAGCUCCGGUCGGAUCCUGAGGUGUGCGUAUCCACAUUUCUGAAGAAAUGUGCAUGCACACGAAAGCUCAUACCAAUAAUUAACUUAGUUGGUCUCUAAGGUGCUACUGGAAGGAUUUUUUAAAAUUUAAUUUUAUUUAUUUUGUUUUGUUUUGACUACGGCAGACCAACACGACUACUUACUUGUAAAAAGGACUCUGUUUUGUUUUGUUUUUUGGGAAAAGUACUUUUAAACUCUCCCCCCCCCCAAUUCAUUAUAAAUUAUUAUUUCCUUUUUCUUUCAGUGACAUCUCAGGUGUCAAUCUCCCACCUCCACUGCCCCCCAAGGUAAGUCACAGGACUAAGCCAAAGGAGCGAUCCUUUUUCCUUUCUUGCACAUGUUAAGCAAAAUCCACCACAGAGCUCUAUUCUGAGAAGGAAGUGGGCAGUGUUAGAUCAAGACAAUGUGCCCUCCCCCCAAAAAAAUUUGCUUCUACCCAUUGCCACUCCUUGGAAGAAAACCAAAUGCCCAGUUGACAUACGCAAACACAGAGCCGUCUUAAGCAUAGCCGGUGCUGUGGUGCAAAGAUCCCUCCGGCGCCCCACCCCCCUUUUCCAGAGUUGUCGACCUUUUCCCAAGCCUCUACGGGGAUCGCUCUCCUCCCACGGAGGCUUGGGAAGCAAGCUGCACAUCCGCCAGCCAUAUAGUACGUUUCCGAGCACAAUUCAAAGUGUUGGUGCUGACCUUUAAAGCCCUAAAUGGCCUCGGUCCAGUAUACCUGAAGGAGCGUCUCCACCCCCAUCAUCCAGCCCGGACACUGAGGUCCAGCGCUGAGGGCCUUCUGGCGGUUUCCUCGCUGCAAGAAGUGAAGUUACAGGAAACCAGGCAGAGGGCCUUCUCGGUAGUGGCACCUUCCCUGCGGAACGCCCUCCCAGCGGAUGUCAAGACAAUAAACAACUAUUUUACUUCUAAAAGACAACUGAAGGCAGCCCUGUUUAGGAAAGUUUUUAAUGUCUGACGCUGUAUUGUUUUUAAUAUUCGGUUGGAAGCUGCCCAGAGUGGCUGGGGAAACCCAGCCAGAUGGGUGGGGUAUAAAUAAUAAUUAUUAUUAUAGUUGGUGGGGCGCAGCUUCCAUUCUAAGCUUCUGCGGGGAUCGCUCUCCUCCUGCGGAGGCUUGGGAGGCAAGCUGCACGCCCGCCACAGCUGGCGAGGCACAGCUGGCGGGCAUGCAGGGAAAGGGGAGGCCGCCGGCAAAGAUGCGCAGCUCCCCCACUCGCUGGGGCACCCCUGAGAGGCCGGCGCCCUGGCGUGAUGCACCACUAAGCCCUAUGGGAAAGACGGCUCUGCGCAAACAUCACCCUAGCUUUCCAAGGCUGCCCCUGCUGAGGUCCAGAGGAUAUAAGAGGAGGAUGCUGGAUUAGGCCAAUGGCCCACCUGGUCCAGCACCUUGCUCUCACUGUGAUCAAGCAGGUGCCAGUGGAGAAACCCGCAACAGGACCUGAAUGCAAGAGGAGCCUCACUUCCCGUGGCUUCCAGCAACUGGGAGAGCAAAGUCCUUUGCAAAUUGUCACAGUCCAGUUCACGGGCGAUCAAAGUCCCGGCUGGGGACGUCGGGACCGGGGGCAAGAUGGCGGGGUGGGAGCAGGAACGAGAGUCCAGAAGCCAGGAGUCAGGAAGCCAAGAAUCCGAGGGUCAGCGAACUGGGAGUCAAGAAGCCAAGGAUCCGAGGGUCAGGAAGGAAGGAGUCACGAAGUCAAGGGUCCGAGGGUCAAGAAGCAAGGAGUCCCAAAGUCAGGGGUCCGAGGGUCAGGAAGCAAGGAGUCAUGAAGUCAGGGGUCUGAGGAUCAAGAAGCAAGGAGUCCCAAAGUCAGGGGUCUGAGGAUCAAGAAGCAAGGAGUCCCAAAGUCAGGGGUCCGAGGAUCAAGAAGCAAGGAGUCCCAAAGUCAGGGGUCUGAGGGUCAGGAAGCAAGGAGUCCCAAAGUCAGGGGUCCGAGGAUCAAGAAGCAAGGAGUCACGAAGUCAGGGGUCCGAGGGUCAGGAAGCAAGGAGUCACAAAGUCAGGGGUCUGAGGGUCAGGAAGCAAGGAGUCAUGAAGUCAGGGGUCCGAGGGUCAGGAAGCAAGGAGUCACAAAGUCAGGGGUCUGAGGGUCAGGAAGCAAGGAGUCAUGAAGUCAGGGGUCCGAGGAUCAAGAAGCAAGGAGUCAAGGAGCCAAACGCAGCAAGGCAGGGAACGUGUUGCUGUGGCAAAGAGCCAAAGUGAAAUGCUGACCUUAUAUCCCUUCCCGGCUCUUGCCACCAGGUGCAGUGAGUUGCCAAUCGGCCUCACUUGUGUGGCCGCGCCUUGCCUCUUCAGAACAAACUUAGGAAGGCCCCAAUCCUGCAGAGUCCUAUUGGGCACAGGGCCUGACUCCUGCCCGCACACCUGACACAAAGGAAGGGUAGGCCCUGAGGCUAUUGGCAUCCAGAGAGAUCCCUCCGUUCAAAAGCUCCUCUUCCCCCUCUCGGGGCGAGCAGUGGCUUGGCUGGCUGAGAGAGGCAUGGUUUAUGUGGGGAAAGAAGGAAGGAGCAUGGACAUUAGCUGAACUCUGCCCUCUCUCUUCCCCUUGGCAGCCCAGGCUCCGGGUCUCGCCGGACGAGACGGCGGUGGAACGAUCCAUGCCAAGGUGUUCCCUCAAGCCCAUACUCCGAGGACGGUGCUCCAGUGGGCCUGUGACGGGACGGGCUCCUCACCAGGCUAUUCCAGUCGUGGCCCAAGCCUCCCACCUCAGCACCAGAUCAGGUACGAGCUUCCCAAGGAAAUGCAAAGAAACAGGAGACCCAACAUUUGGGCACGCAAACCAUUAUCGUUGUUGUUGUUAUUUGUAUACUGACCUUCAUCCAUACCUCUCAGAGCAGUUCACAAGUAAAGAUACAAGAUAACCCCCCCCCCCAAAUUAUAAUUCCUGAAGGACCAGGUGCGCAGCCUGGGAGUCAUUUUGGACUCACAGCUGUCCAUGGAGGCGCAGGUCAAUUCUGUGUCCAGGGCAGCUGUUUACCAGCUCCAUCUGGUACGCAGGCUGAGACCCUCCCUGUCCGCAGACUGUCUCACCAGAGUGGUGCAUGCUCUGGUUAUCUCCCGUUUGGACUACUGCAAUGCGCUCUACGUGAGGCUACCUUUGAAGGUGACCCGGAAACUGCAACUAAUCCAGAAUGCGGCAGCUAGACUGGUGACUGGGAGCGGCCGCCAAGACCAUAUAACACUGGUCUUGAAAGACCUACAUUGGCUCCCAGUACAUUUCUGAGCACAAUUCAAAGUGUUGGUGCUGACCUUUAAAGCCCUAAACGGCCUCGGUCCUGUAUACCUGAAGGAGUGUCUCCACCCCCAUCGUUCAGCCUGGACACUGAGGUCCAGCACCGAGGGCCUUUGGGGAGUUCCCUCACUGCGAGAAGCCAAGUUACAGGGAACCAGGCAGAGGGCCUUCUCAGUAGUGGCACCCGCCUUGUGGUACGCCCUCCCACCAGAUGUCAAAGAGAAAAACAACUACCUGACAUUUAGAAGACAUCUUAUUCAGGGAAGUUUGUAAUGUGUGACAUUUCAAUGCGUUUUUAAUCUUUGUUGGAAGCCGCCCAGAGUGGCUGGGGAGACCCAGCCAGAUGGGCGGGGUACAAAUAAUAAAUUGUAGUAUUAUUAUUAUUAUAAAAAUAAGAAUGAAAACAAACCAAUGAUCCCCACUCCCACAAACACAAUUUAAAAGGGCAUUGGAUGUUAAUCAGCCAAAGUCCUCGCUGAAGAGGAAUGUUUUCGCCGGGCACUUAAAGUGUAUAAUGAAGGCUAUGGGAUGCGGGUGGCGCUGUGGUCGAAACCACUGAGCCUCUUGGGCUUGCCAAACAGAAGGUCGGUGGUUCAAAUCCCCACGAUGGAGUGAGCUCCCAUUGCUCUGUCCCAGCUCCUGCCAACCUAACAGUUCGAAAGCACACCAGUGCAAGUAGAUAAAUAGGUACUGCUGUGGCGGGAAGGUAAAUGGCAUUUCUGUGCGCUCUGGCGGUGUCCCAUUGCGCCAGAAGCUGUUUAGUCAUGCUGGCCACAUGACCCGGAAAGCUGUCUGUGGACAAAUGCCGGCUCCCUUGGCCUGAAAGCGAGAUGAGCGCCGCAACCCCAUAGUCGCCUUUGACUGGACUUAACCAUCCAGGAGUCCUUUACCUUUUACCUAUAAGGAAGGCACCAGACGAGCCUCCCUAGGGAGAGUAUUCCUCAAAUGGGAAUCACAAUGGCUUAUAUGAGCACAAAAGGGGAACACAUUUUUUAAAAAAAUUACCUUGGAGCUGAGAACCAGAACUGGACAGCAAUGGACUUCAAAGACGACAGGCUCACACAAUACACCACGAGGGAAAGUGUGUGUUUUUUCAUUCAGGAGACCCCAAAAACGGAUUGGAUCAGGAGGGGAAUAAAUUUCUGUUCAGGUUUUAAGAGUUUUGUUUUUUUCUGAUACAAUGGUAAAAAGCGGCUUUACGUUGAGACAUAAAAGCUUUUAGACCGGUGCUACUGACCCGAUGCAAAUUCUAAGAUGGUGCAGGACCCAAAGGAAGUGUGGACAGGCCCCACUAACCUAAAACAUGAGGCAAAAUAAUAUCCUCAAAGCCUUUGGCAGGAGCUUGUUACAGAGCUACUUGUUCCGUUUUGGAGAUCUGACCAGCAACUAUGAUUUAAAUACAUCAAGCAUCAAAACAGAUGUAUUCCCUGAUAGAUCAAGAGAAAGCACAAUCAAACAAGGCAAUGAAUCCUCAAUUGAGCCGUCUUCCACAGACGCAAAACCACAAAUGACUCGGGAUCAUUUCACUACCUGCUUUGCAGUACAGAAACAGACCAUUAGCUGAAAUCUGAGAAUAAUAAAGGCUUCCCUUGGGGCGGGGGAGGGAUUUAUCCUUUUUCAUCAAGUCAUCCACUGGUUCGUGUUCACAUAUUUGAUAGUUGUCAUUCCAGGGGGAGAGUUUGAUUCUAUUGAAGGAAAUCAAAGUGUACUGGUAGAACACAUAUUCGAGGCUAGAGUUACACAAAGACGAUGGAUGUGCAGUAACCUUAGCCCUCAAAAGAGCUACAUGAAUUGUAUUAUUUCCCCAUGAAGCCUUUGGAAUACGUGUCCACAAAGCAGUCCCAAACCAUAAUUUAGCUUAAGUAUGUCACUAAAGGGAUGCAGGUGGCCCUGUGGGUAAAACCACAGGGCCUAGGACUUGCUGAUCAGAAGGUUGGCGGUUCGAAUCCCCGCGACGGAGUGAGCUCCCAUUGCUCAGUCCCAGCUCCUGCCCACCUAGCAGUUCGAAAGCAUCUCAAGUGCAAGUAGAUAAAUAGGUACCACUCCGGCGAGAAUGUAAACGGCGUUUUGAUGCGCUGCUCUGGUUCAUCAGAAGCAGCUUAGUCAUGCUGGCCACAUGACCUGGAAGCUGUCUGUGGACAAACGCCGGCUCCCUCGGCCUAUAGAGCGAGAUGAGCGCCGCAACCCCAGAAUCGUCCACGACUGGACCUAAUGGUCAGGGGUCCCGUUACCUUUUAUGUCACUGAAAGAAUCAUAUAUAUAUAUAUAUAUAUAUAUAUAUAUAUAUAUAUAUAUAUAAUUUGUUUCUGCAACCACUGGUCUGUUCAACUUUCGCCUUCGUUGUUCUGUAUGAAAUAUUUUCCCCUGUUGUUAUCCACACUCCGACAAUUCCAUUUUCAGUUUCUGCUCACAGGAGCCAUAAUAUGUCACAUCACAAAAAAGGAGACUCCAUUAGCAGACAUCCAAAAUUCCCCUCUGUCAUCUCGCUCCAUAUCCCAACAUGCUAGUUCCUCUGCAAAAACACAAUAACUCCAGUCCGGAAUUCUUUCCAUCCUUCCGCUGAGGGUAGCUGGCAGAUUCCUCACCUAGUUAAUAUUAUAAUUAAACCACAAUGACAGCAGAAUGCUCUUCCAGGCUCGCUUGCGUAUUUCAAACAGUUGCCUUUCAGGGCAGAUUUACCAGGUAGAACUGUAAGUACAAAUACCGUAUUUUUUGCUCUAUAAGACUCACUUUUUCCCUCCUAAAAAGUAAGGGGAAAUGUGUGUGCGUCUUAUGGAGCGAAUGCAGCCUGUGCGGCUAUCCCAGAAGCCAGAACAGCAAGAGGGAUUGCUGCUUUCACUGCGCAGCGAUCCCUCUUGCUGUUCUGGCUUCUGAGAUUCAGAAUAUUUUUUUUUCUUGUUUUCCUCCUCCAAAAACUAGGUGCGUCUUGUGGUCUGGUGCGUCUUAUAGAGCGAAAAAUACGGUAUAUCAAAGGAGAAUAAUAAAGGCUUACUUUGCCCUGGGGCUAUACAAUUAGUCCAUCAAUUAAUUCAAGAAGCGGGUCAGUCCUUUGUGCUGUUAAGAACCACAUAUUAUUACCUGUUUACUGCUUGCCUACAUUCUUGAGUAAACAAACAAACCCCUGUGCUGAACAGUGUUUCCAGAUAACAACUACUGUUUCGUUGAAUUCUUCAUCAGCCAAUUAGUUCAACACUUGUAAGUAGAAAGAUAUGUAAUUUCUUCGUUAACCAAUCUUUUUUCGAAUAGAUAUAAUGGAAAAUACUCUGGAACACUGUUAUGCGGAAACACUGUUCAGCAGAGUUCAGAGUUGGACAUCAGAAUUGGACAUUUGCUGAUUAUACAAAGCUUCACAGCUUGUUCUCUGCCGGGUGAAGUCUAGCCCCGUGAUUCGUUUAAGGACAUUCAGAGACUUUCAGAAGGGACGCGGGUGGUGCUGUGGUGCUGUGGGUUAAACCACAGAGCCUAGGACUUGCCGAUCAGAAGGUCGGUGGUUCGAAUCCCCAUGACGGGGUGAGCUCCCAUUGCUCGGUCCCUGCUCCUGCCAACCUAGCAGUUCGAAAGCACAUCAAAGUGCAAGUAGAUAAAUAGGUACCACUCUGGUGGGAAGGUAAACGGCGUUUCCGUGCGCUGCUCUGGUUCGCCAGAAGUGGCUCAGUCAUGCUGGCCACAUGACCCAGAAGCUGUACGCCGGCUCCCUCGGCCAAUAAAGCGAGAUGAGCGCCGCAACCCCAGAGUCGGUCACGACUGGACCUAAUGGUCAGGGGUCCCUUUACCUUUACUAGAGACUUUCAGAGACUUCAGUUUGUUAGUUUUGAUGUUUUGAAUUAUUCCAUAAAGUUUUUCGCAUUGUUAUUGUUUCUGGCCAUUGUGUUGCUUUUGAUACUGCUGCCUCCAUUCCUGGGCAGAUCCUGGGAGCUUGCGGACAGACCUCGCAAACAGGGGCGUUUGCCAGGGCAUUUGGUGGAGGAGUUUAAGGGGGAGGCCCAGAGCUCAGUCUCUUGGUGUGCAAUAGGACCAGAGACACAGAGGGCAAAGGAGCUGCUGCAGGGCCUGUGACACCCGUGCCGUGUUUGUCAUUCUGCCAGAGAACAUAGCAGCAGUACACUUGUAGCAAGUGCAAUCUGGUUGCCUUGCUGGAAAGAGAAGUUGCAGCAACCUGAGGCCCACCCACUUGAACUAAGAACAACAGAGCUCAUUCUUUGGACAUGCAGAUGGUGGUACUUAACUGGCCAGCUUUAGGCCAUUACCUUAAAAAGAAACCUGUCUGACAUGCAUACAGCAGCCACCUACAUACAUAUAAAUGCAAUCUCCUCUCUUGGAUUCUGAACCCCAGUGGAUGCAGGAUCACAGGCUUGGAUGGGACCCACAGAUACCAUCCAGACUCACCCCACAAAACCUGAUAGAUGGUGUACAGGGAAGUUUUUAAUGGUUGAUGUUUUAUUGCGCUUUUGAUAUUUUGUAGGGAGCCUUCCAGAGUGGCUGGGGAAAACCCAGCCCAAUGGGCAGCAUAUAAAUCAUAAAAUUAUUAUUAUUAUUAUUAUUAUUAUUAUUAUAUACCCACAGCCCUGACUAUAAAGUAAGGCUGCAUACUGAACCUUACGUACCUGGGAAGAAGCCCCGCUGAAUUCAGCAGGUCUUACUUCUGAGUAGGCAUUGUUCAGAUUGCAAGGCAACAAGAUAACAAAGUACAAUGAUACGAUAUCAAUAUACACUCUUUAUAUAAUAUGAAAUAUAUGAAAUCACAUAAACAGAAAACUUACGAAUCUCUGAAAGUCACAAAAUAUGCACUCUUAAUGGGUUCUCUUGGAAAUAUAAAACCAAAUAAACGUAAGUCUUAUAAGUCUCGUAAAGGCUUUGAAGACUAUGCAAGUCUUUGAAAGAAGCAAUGUAUUAGAUUCUUAUCUGGUGAAAACAGGCUGUAAAGCUUUGUUUAUGGCGUCCAACACUGCCGAAGUAGUUUGCAAACAGACGUGAACAGUGAUUCCGGAUAGACCCGCUGUUUCCUGGAAGAAGAACUUUAGCACAGCAGAAGGAUACAAAAUGCUUCAUAAACCAUCUCCGCCAAGCUAAGCAGUUUCAUCUCCGCCAAGCUAAGCAGUUGGCUCCUUACCUCUCUCGCCCUGACCUAGCCACUGUGAUCCACGCGGCGGUCACCUCCAGACUGGAUUAUUGUAACUCGCUCUAUGUGGGGCUGCCCUUGAGACUGACCCAGAAACUCCAGCGGGUGCAGAAUGCCGCGGCGAGACUCUUUAUGGGGUCUUCGCUGCGAGAUCACAUUCAUCCGGUACUAUACCAGCUGCACUGGCUCCCGGUGGAGUACAGGAUCAGGUUCAAGGUGCUGGUUUUGACCUUUAAAGCCCUAGGCGGCCUAGGACCCUCGUACCUAUGGGACUGCCUCUCCUGGUAUGUCCCACGGAGGACCUUAUGAUCUUCAAACAAAAACAUCUUGGAGGUCCCGGGCCACAGAGAGGUUAGGCUGGCCUCAACCAGAGCCAGGGCUUUUUUGGCGUUGGCUCCGAUCUGGUGGAACGCUGUGUCCCAAGAGACUAGGGCCCUGCGGGACUUGACAUCUUUCCGCAGGGCCUGCAAGACAGAGCUGUUUCACCAGGCCUUUGGCCAGGGCGCAACCUGACUCCCUCCUUUGGCAAUCUUCACAGAACUCCAGCCCAAUGGUUGCCGUCAAUUUGAUUUGAAUUAAUUUAUAAUGAAUGAUUUUAGAAUGUUGUACUAUUUUAUUGUUGUUAGCCGCCCUGAGGCCGGCUUUGGCUGGGGAGGGUAUAAAUAAAAUUUAUUAUUAUUAUUAUUAUUAUUAUUAUUAUUAUUAUUAUUAUUAUCAUCUAUAUGGUGAAUGGAAAAGUAUAACAACAAUUGCUAUGGAACAGUGCUCAUAAAGAUAUGUAGUCAACAUGGGGGUUAAAUUGUUUGGUUAAUAGUUCAGAUUGCAGCAGACAUUUUGCACCUCCCAUCCUGUGACAAGCGGGGAAGACUCCAUCUUCCCGGCCAAACGUUACCUGAAGCAGCCACCUGGGGUCUUGCAAUGGUACAGUUGGCCACAGCUGCUUUCAGAACCAGUGGAGUUGGGGCUGAUCCUCACCUUUCUCUCUUGCAGUUCCUGAACUGCGGCUGACUCCCCAGACCCACGGACCUCCCAUCCUUCCCCGCAAGGCAGAGAAGAAGCAGAAACCCGUGAGUGCCUCGAUCAUCCACACCUGUAUUCCCCAAGUACCUGUCUUCCUAGUGCUUUGGACCACAGAUUCCAGCCUAGGGGUGUCAGGAGUUAUAAUCCAGGACACCUGGAGGCAAGGAUGGAUCUGAAACUAGUGACAUUUAAGCUUCCUUGCCUCUAAUCCUGGAGGGGCCCCAGAAGCAUUGCUUACAUUUUUUAGGUCUAGUAGACCCGAUCUGAAUCGCGUGACCCCAACUGAUUAAACUGAUUAAAUAAACGACCCCAAAGUUUGAGAGUCAGUAGCACAGACGUAAAGAUGUGGCGAUCUGCCGCGGAACAACCCCAUUGAAGAAGAUAACUUCUUCUUUUUUAAAUCAUUUUUAUUGAUUUUCCAAUAAAACCAGCCAAUCAACAUACAGUGGUACCUUGGGUUAAGAACUUAAUUCGUUCCGGAGGUCCGUUCUUAACCUGAAACUGUUCUUAACCUGAAGCACCACUUUAGCUAAUGGGGCCUCCCGCUGCUGCCGUACAAUUUCUGUUCUCAUCCUGAAGCAAAGUUCUUAACUUGAGGUAAUAUUUCUGGGUUAGCGGAGUCUGUAACCUGAAGCGUAUGUAACCCGAGGUACCACUGUAUCCACAUCAUAAUCCAAUUAAAAGCAAUAAACUGAAACAAAAAACAAAAACACAACCAAAUGACAGUCCAAAUGGUGAACUAUUAAUUUUUCCAUGCUCCCCAUAGUCUGGACCUCUGAAGAAUAUAUCCCAAUAUCUUCGUUCCUGCCUCUUCUCGUUGUUUUCAUAUUUUCCACAUUCUGAUCUUAAUGCUUUAAAGUUCUCCAUCACUGGCUAUGCGAUUCUCAAUCAUGUCUAAGAAGAUAACUUCUUCUUUGGCGAUCACUCGUAGCCGAGUAAGAUUGUCUUCCAUAAACACGGUUUUAACAAUGGGUUCGUAAGUGACUGUGGAGACCACUGGCUCCGAAGACCGCCCCCCCACGGCAGUUCAAGCUUCAGGGGCCCCCAAAUGUAGGUCCGCCACUGGCUGGAAGGGCACCAGGUUAGCAGAGAUUGCUGUAUAGAGUGAGACAAAGAGGUUGGGGGCAGUUAUGCCCCUGGUAGGAGUGGGGGACAGUGCAUAGGAUGGUUAGGGCUGGGCUAGGCUUGAGUUCUCAUACUGGGUGGCCUCCCGUUAUGGAUUGAGGUUGAAUCCUGACAAGACAGAAGUACUGUUCUUGGGGGACAGGAGGCAGGCUGGUGUGGGGGACUCCCUGGUCCUGAAUGGGGCGACUGUGCGCCUGAAGGACCAGGUGCGCAGCCUGGGAGUCAUUUUGGACUCACAGCUGUCCAUGGAGGCACAGGUCAAUUUUGGUCCAGGGCAGCUGUCUACCAGCUCCAUCUGGUACACAGGAUGAGACCCUCCAUGCCCACAAACUGUCUCGCCAGAGUGGUGCAUGCUCUAGUUAUCUCUCACUUGGACUACUGCAAUGUGCUCUAUGUGGGGCUACCUUUGAAGGUGACCCGGAAACUGCAAUUAAUCCAGAAUGCGGCAGCUAGACUGGUGACUGGGAGCGGCUGCCGAGACCACAUAACACCGGUCUUGAAAGACCUACAUGGGCUCCCAAUACGUUUCCGAGCACAAUUCAAAGUGUUGGUGCUGACCUUGAAAGCCCUGAACGGCCUCGGUCCAGUAUACCUGAAGGAGCGUCUCCACCCCCAUCGUUCUGCCCAGACACUGAGGUCCAGUGCCGAGGGCCUUCUGGCAGUUCCCUCACUGCGAGAAGCCAAGUUAUAGGGAACCAGGCAGAGGGCCUUCUUGGUAGUGGCACCUGCCCUGUAGAAGACAUCUGAAGGCAGCCCUGUUUAGGGGAGCUUUUAAUGUUUGAUGUAUUACUGUAUUUUAAUAUUUGGUUGGAAGCUGCCCAGAGUGGCUGGGGAAGCCCAGCCAGAUGGGCGGGGUAUAAAUAAAUUAUUAUUAUUAUUAUUAUUAUUAUUAUUAUUAUUACUGAUUUUUUAAAUAUACAUUUUCAUUGUUUUUUGUAUACAUAGCAUUUCCAACAUCCAUUUAAUAUAACUUAUUAUCUUAUACAAUAUUUUAGACUUCUGUCAACCACCUCUGAUGAUUUUCCGUUCUUUAUCAUUUAUUCUGCAUUUCUUAAUUUCUCUAUUAUUUUUAAUUAUCAUUAACUAAUAAUUCUGCUCAUAGUAUUCCUUGCAAUAUUUCAAAUAGUCCUCGUUACAGAACUUCUUGCAGUCCUACUAGCGUAAUCUGUUCAUUACAGUUGCUUUUUAAAUAGUUCAUAUAUUUGCUCCAGUCUUCUAAGAAUCUCUGGUCCCGCAGGUUUCGAAUCCUUCCUGUUAGUUUAUCUAAUUCUGCAUAGUCCAUUAAUUUCACCCGCCAUUCUUCUUUCGUCCAUAUUUGGCGGGAAAAUCCCUUAUCCCAGCACCGUGUCCCGCUGCUGUCCCUUAUUGAUGAUGUCCCUUAAUUUCCCCGGGUUUCAAAGGAAGCAGCUCCUCCCCCUCCCUCCCUGCCUGGAAGGAGGGAGGCUCCAACUGUGUUGCUUGGCUGCGUUGCUCACCCAAUAAGGAGCCUAAGAACGACUGGGGGGUGGAGCUUGCAUGCCUUGUGCCGAUCAAAUCGGCCGCGUUGCCUUUGCUCAGCGCUUCCCAGCGGAGAGGUGACGGUGGUUUUCCUUGCUGCAUCCCCUUUGCCGGGUUGCUGCGCUGUGGGAACCACCGCUUGAGGCUUCGUUUGGCUGCUGGCUGGGCUUUCUGCCUUUGGCUCGGAGGGGCUCAGAAGUCGAACAUACCUGUGCUCUGAAAAUCCCUUAUUUUGGCUGCUGAGCCCUUAUUUUUGAGGCUGUUGGUUCCUUAUUUUCAAAUCUGUAAGUUGACAGCUAUGCUUUCGUCGGUACCGUCAUGGAUAACUGUUGCCUCCCUCUCUCCCCAGGAGAGGGUGCUCUUCAAGAAGGUUUUCAACGAGUGCCCCUUACACGUCACCUCGGCUACUGCGUGGACCCACCCAAAUAGCAACGGUAGGGCAUGGAGGGGCGAAGUCUGUGUUGGGGUCAUUUACUGGGCGGGGGGGGGGGAACCGGGAAAGGUGAACCAAACUCAAACAAUCACGCCCGUCUCGUAGAGUGACUUUACACCAGUUUGCUCACCAGUGCUCCACACUGGCUCCAAGGUUCUAGUUCUCACUGUUGUGCACUAUACCAUCACCCCACCUGCCCUCUCACACUUCCCUUUGCGCUUGUGCCAAUCCGCUCACUGCCAAACUCCCCCUUAAAGUGGGGUUGCCAUAUGUCCUCCUUUUCCAGGACAUGUCCUCUUUCUCCAGGAUUAAAAUUGCUGUCUGGGCCGACUUUUUAAAAAUUUGGCAAAAUGUCCAGCAGAGUCAUGUCAGAUGGGUUUGGUGGGAGUUCUAGUCUGAAAAUCUAGAGGACACAAGGCUGGGGGAAGGCUGUUCUAGUGCUUAGACUCAGAACUGAGGCACCUAAGCUAGUCAGCUGAGAGACUCUCUCUCACAAGAGAGCAGCGUCUUAAACAAGCUAGUAAAGGUACAGUGGUACCUCAGGUUAAGUACUUAAUUCAUUCCGGAGGUCCGUACUUAACCUGAAACUGUCCUUAACCUGAUGCACUACUUUAGCUAAUGGGGCCUCCUGCUGCCGCCACUCCGCCGGAUCACAAUUUCUGUUCUCAUGCUGAAGCAAAGUUCUUAACCUGAAGCACUAUUUCUGGGUUAGGGGAGUCUGUAACCUGAAGCGUCUGUAACCUGAGAUACCACUGUAAAGGGACCCUUGACCGUUAGGUCCAGUCGUGACUGACUCUGGGGUUGCAGCGCUCAUCUCGCUUUAUUGGCCGAGGGAGCCGGCGUACAGCUUCCGGGUCAUGUGGCCAGCAUGACUAAGCCGCUUCUGGCGAACCAGAGCAGCGCACGGAAACGCUGUUUACCUUCCUGCCAGAGCAGUACCUAUUUAUCUACUUGCACUGGUGUGCUUUCGAACUGCUAGGUUGGCAGGAGCAGGGACCGAGCAACGGGAGCUCACCCCGUCGUGGGGAUUCGAACCGCCGACCUUCUGAUUGGCAAGUCCUAGGCUCUGUGGUUUAACCCACAGCGCCUCCCGCAUCCCUCUUAAACUAGCUACAUACUGUAUAAAUCCUUCUCUUGUGGCUGAACUCAAAGGACGCUGGCUCAGCUACAAGAUCUUGGAGGAGUCUGGGAGGGCAAGCGUUAACACCCCACUGCCCGUAAGGAGAUGCCAUAUGUACAUGCUAGACUAUGGGUAGGCAAACUAAGGCCCAAGAGGCUCAUGCCCCAAUUAACUCCCUGCUGCAUUUCCUUCCCCAUUUUUGCAGAGCUGCACUUAAUUCUGGGGGCUGAAGAAGGGAUAUAUGCCUUGAACCGGAGCGAAGCAGAGCCCACCCUCGAACUGGUAAGAUAGAGGAGGUGCUGUGGGGGGGCGGGGGUCCGAAGGACAGGGAAUUUGCUUGUGUGGAGGGAUGCAAAAUGGUAAAAAGGACCACUGAGAUUUGAUAGCAUGCAAGCCAAAUUCUGAGCCGAUAUCCCGUAGCGUGCAUCAGUUAUCCCCCAAAACACAUCAUAAUCACCACCACUUUGCGGAAUCAAUUGAAGACUAUUAUUAUUAUUAUUAUUAUUAUUAUUAUUAUUAAUUGAAAUUACAUACCGGCCUAUACCCGGGGUCUCAGGGCAGUUCACAGAAUAAAAUCAAGAUAUGAAGCCACAAAAUACAUAAUAAUAAUAAUAAUAAUAAACCAACCCAAUAGCCCCCCCCCGUAUUUUAAAGGGCAUAGGACAUGGGUAGGCAAACUAAGGCCCGGGGGCUGGAUCCGGCCCAAUCGCCUUCUAAAUCCGACUCGCGGACGGUCUGGGAAUCAGCAAGUUUUUACAUGAGUAGAAUGUGUGCUUUUAUUUAAAAUGCAUCUCUGGGUUACUUGUGGGGCAUAGGAAUUCAUUCAUUCCCCCCCUCCAAAAAUAUAUAUAUAGUCCAGCCCCCCACAAGGUCUGAGGGACAGUGGACCGGCCCCCUGUUGAAAAAGUUUGCUGACCCCUGGCAUAGGAUGUAAAUCAGGUCAGCCAAAGGCCUGGUUAAAAAGAAACAUUUUUGCCUGGCGCCUAAUGGUGUAUAAUGAAGGCGCCAGGUGAACUUCCCUGGGGAGAGCAUUCCACAGAUGGGGAGCCACUGCAGAGAAGGCCCCGUUCUUGUGUUGCCACCCUCUGGACCUCUUGAGGAGGAGGCACAUGAAGAAGAUGCUUUUGUUCUGAAAGUGUCUCCCAGCUGGAUAAAUGGGUCUUUACCAUGAGCUGUCAUUUCACAGAAUUCUGGAGUUGGAAGGGACCCCAAGGGUCAUCUAGUCCAACCCGCUGCAAUGCAGGAAUUUUGUCCACAGCCAUCCUUGGGUUGGUUCGAACCACCAACCUUCUGGUUAACAGCCAGAUGCACUGACUUAUUCCUAGGGCUUUAGAUUUUUCUAAAAAAAAUGUCUCUGUUGUUUUUGUGUUUUUAACUAUUUUUAACUAUUUUAUGUGUUAAAAACCACCUUGAAGUGGUGGUUUAGAAGGCAAUUAAUAGAUCAGUAAUAACAAUAAAAAUUAAAAGAUUAUAAUAAUCCAGGUAUUAAAAAUUGUGGAUUCACGUAUCUCAGUUGAGGCAAGCAUAGACCUGCUCUGUCUGCCUUCAGAAGCAGUGCUUGGCCUCAGUUUGCCCCAUCUGUAAAAUGGACACAAUAGGCAGUCAUUUGUCAUGAGGCUGGUUGAAUGGAUCAAGUGAAAGCCUUGAAAUUUAGGAAUAAGUGUGGGUUGAGGCACACUCACAGAAUAACAAAACAGUGAGAACUCGGAGAAUCUUCCUGCCCGCUUUCUGAUGGGGCUUUCUGACCAUUUGACGUGCUUGAUGUACAUUUCAUUAAAACAGCCUUGUACUUUUAUCUCCAUAAAACCAUAGAAAUGCAUUUAGAACGAAUUAUAAUACAACUUUAACCUCUUUAAGACGAUCGCUGAAACAGACACUUAAGAAUAAACUACACUUAAAAAUCAGCCAUGCAGUCAUUGGCUUGGCAGUGUGGAAUAAAAACUGCAUAGCUGCACAAACCCACCCAAGGGCACUCUGCAAUCUUGAAAACACCUGAACCAGAGAUCUAAAAACCAACAGCAAACGAGCCUGGCAAGCUUCCCUUGGGAGAGGGAACCAGGUGAGAGGAGCCACCACCGAAAAGGCCCCGCUAAACAGUUUUCAUGUUCCAUUUCCCAUAUCCUGACUCCUGUUUCUUCUCUCCCUCUCCCAUCCCUGCCACAGCUCUAUCACAGCCGCACAACUUGGGUUUACUGCAUUGGGAACGUCCUCAUGUCACUUUCUGGUGAGUUGAUCCCACCAGGAUAAGGAGGGGGGUGAAUAAUGUAGAAAGCCAAGUCAGAGCGGAAUGGAGAGGGAUAAGGGAAUAGCUUUGGGUUUGCGGAGAGGAAGGCUUUGCAGGGCAGAGGGCUGGAUGGGCAAGACCAGUUUAGAUGCCUGCAAGUGUGAAAUAUACUCAGAGUCGAGAGUGGAUUUCAUGCUCUUCAUUCCGCUCAUAGUGGUGAGGAGGAAUGGAAGUUCCCCCAGAAUGUCUGCUUUAUAUACAUUAUUUACACAAUGGGCUGCACGUGAUUGGCUUAUUCCGGAAUUCUCCUGUAGGCCAAUCAGGUUGCGGAUUCACUUCCACCUGGAGCUGGAUUGGGUGGCUCCCACGGACCAAUCAGACUGCUGCAUUCUGGAUCCUAUUGUUCUAGGACCAAUCAGACUGCUGCAUUCUGAAUCCUAUUGUUCUAGGACCAAUCAGACUGCUGCAUUCUGGAUCCUAUUGUUCUAGGACCAAUCAGACUGCUGCAUUCUGGGUCCUAUUGUUCCAGGACCAAUCAGACUGCUGCAUUCUGAAUCCUAUUGUUCUAGGACCAAUCAGACUGCUGCAUUCUGAGUCCUAUUGUUCUAGGACCAAUCAGACUGCUGCAUUUUGGAUCCUAUUCAGCUCAGUACAUAACAAAGUGCUAGGAUAAAACUCAGGUGGGGCUCGGGAACAGCGUGGGCCAUGCCUGGCUGAAUUCUGGUAGAAAAUCCUCAGCAUCAUUAAUAACCAAAGAACUUUGCUGGAUCAGACCAAAAGAGACCUUUCUAGUUUUCUCAUAGUGGCUACCCAGAUGCCUCAAUAGGAAACAUCAAGGCAUGGGAGCAGCAAAUAAUCAUUUGUUAUUUAUUUGCUUAUUUUGCAAAUGCAAAAACUGCAUUACAACCCGAGACUACCAACACAGUGUGCACAGGAUAAAAAUUGAGCACACACGAAAUAAGAAUUCAAAAGAAAACAAAGUCGCCCCUGCAGAUGCACAGUUAAACAUUUCACAAAUGGCUAACUGAUGCCUCUGUGGAUGCAGUCUUAAAACAAAAAAAUCGUGGGAAUGUUCAGGGAUCCAGGAGAGGAUAUAUUAUUUGGUUAUAGCCUUUCCAACUUGUGUUAACAAGUUCACAAUUUAGCAGAGUAGCAUUCCCCUUUUUAAAUUCACAGCGGAUGCGUUUGUUCAGGCUCGCUAAUAACUGUUCUGGUAUUUUCCCCUUAUUCCCUCAUAAAAGAUAAGACACGACACAGUCUUCUAUAAAAGUAUAAAAAGAGUUUACUCACAUUCUGUUCACAAUCGGAUCCCAGAAGGCAGACUUAGCUUAGAAAAGUAACAUACACCUGGAAACUAUCCCAUAAAGAGACGGUCCCUUUGUUCUCUCUUGGCUAGAGGCCAAGAGAGCAUCUUUGACUAAGCAGAUGUUGCUUCUUCGAUGCAUGUAGUCCAAGAGAGAGAGAUGUCUACCCUGCCCUGUGCUUUUGUCCUUACCUGCACAGGUGAGGCCAAUCCCACCUCUAGUCACAUGCAGAGGAAGUCUAUCCCAGCCCAGAAGGAAACAGGAAGUUGACCUGCUGGCUGGACAAACAUUCCUCCCCAUGCGUAAACAUGUUCACUCUAGGAAUGUUGUAUUUGACUGCUCUUGUGUUUCACAUCCCACAAAAAUAAAUAAACCAUCAGCCGGUUGCCUGAACUUCAUGAUGCAAGGCACCUACCUGAUUUCUAAUCCUUUCCUUCCCAGAUAAACUGCCUCUGAGCUUGGAGGCUCUGUUGGGCCACCUUGACUGAAAGCUGCAGACAGGCCACCCUAGUUAGCUUGCUCUUGGGAAUACCACCUGCGAGGCCUGAAUGGUGUAACUACCCAUACCCUUGGCUGUUUAUGCCCGCUUGAAGCAGCAGCAGCACUGAUCCUUUUUUCUUUCCUUGCCCUCCUCCUCCCCCUUUAACCAGGCAAGGCCCCCCAACUCUUCUCCCACAACUUGCCCGGCCUCUAUGAGCAGAGCCGCCGAGACCAGCGCCCCGGGAUCUACAUUUCCCCCCACCGGCUACUCCCCAGGUAACCCACGCCAAGAACUGUGGGACAAGGGCAAGGAGGAGCGCGAGUGCAUGUGAGAACGGUUGUCCUUUUGCUCCGGCUCCCUCAGCGCAGUAUGGGGGUGCCUUCUGGUGGUUCCUUCACUUACAGGGAACCAGGCAGAGGGCCUUCUCAGUAGUGGCACCUGCCCUGUGGAAUGCCUUCCCAUCAGAUGUCAAGGAAAUAAGCAACUAUACUACAUUUAAAAGACAUCUGAAAGCAGUUCUCUUUAGGGAAGCUUUUAAUGUUUAAAUCUGUAUUGUGUUUUUAAUGUUCGAUUGGAAGAUCCUCAGAGUGGUUGGGGAAACCCAGCCAGAUGGGCGGGGGUAUAAAUAAAUUAUUAUUAUUACUAUUAUUAUUAUUACAUGGAUGGCUUUGGAUUCUAAACCUACAUGGUGGGUGCAUGGUUGUGCCAUGUAGGAGAGAAAGAGAGAAUGAGAGAGAGGGGAAUGGGCGGAGCUUGGAGGGGUUUAGCGGGAAGCCACAAAGUGCAUUUCCCCUAUCUGGUCGUCUCAACGCUGCCCUCUGCUGGCUGGAGGCUUACAAGGUUGCUUAUGCCCAACAGAAAAUUCAGGUGUAUUCUGCAGCGUGUUCUCGACGCAUUAAUUUGUGCAUUAGCAGUGGAUUCCCCCAUGCUUUCUGUGUAGUGAGCUCUCAGGUGGUGGUUGCCAGAUUUUCAGCCAGCCCCUGCAGCUGUGCCUUUAACGGUGGCUUGGUAAUGAUACAAAUUGCGUGGCAAUUGUAGAGAAGGUCAUAAGCAGCAUAGAUGGUGAAACUUAUGGUCUAAAACUGGCUGCGCUACAGGCAAGAGGAAGAGGAGAUGCAAACCACCUCGCAUUCCACCUCCUACUGAGCCCUGGGCAGGGUCAGAGUUUGCAGCUAACCCUAAAAAUACAACAAACCUGUUGUCAUCUCUGGCUCACCAUUUGCCACUUCCCACACCUGCCCAUCAUGGCCAGCCGACCAUCAAUCCUUCUUUCCUCCCUCCUCAGGAAAAACAUCGUCACCACCAAGAUCCCGGAUACAAAGGGGUGCCAAAAAUGUUGCACAGGUGAGUGCCAUUCCAGCCCUGACCUGCAGGGGGAGCAGCGCUCCCAUUCUCACACCCCAACCCUUCAUGGUCAGGUUCAUUGUCUGGGCUCACAAAAUCACACCUAUGGGAAUUUCGACCAAUUCCAGAAUAAGCAGGGAGGUAGGGCUGCCAUUUUCAGAGAGUGGAAAAAUCCAGAUACAAAAGUUACUGAGUUGUGGGUUUUUUUAGGGGUGGGGUCCAAGUUGUUGAGUAUGCUGGUCAGUAAUCACAGAGUUCAAAGUUGGAGCUAACUCUUUAUUAGCAAAAACACGAUCUCCAUGGACCAUAGCUGUCAACCGUCCCUUAUUUGGUGGGAAAGUCCCUUAUCCCAGCACUGUGUCCUGAUGAUGUCCCUUAAAUUUCCCGGGUUUCAAAGGAAGCAGCUCCUCUCCUUCCCUCCCUGCCGGCCAGGGAGGAGGGAGGCUCCAACUCUGUUGCUUGGAUGUGUUGCUCAUCCAAUAAGGAGUCUAAGAACGACUGGGGGUGGAGCUUGCGUGCCUUGUCCCGAUCAAAUCGGCUGCGUUGCCUGGGGACUCGCCUUUGCUCAGCGCUUCCCAGCGGAGAGGGGACAGUGGUUUCCCUUGCCGCAUCCCCUUUGCCGGGUUGCUGCGCUGUGGGAACCACCGCUUGAGGCUUUGUUUGGCUGCCUGCUGGGCUUUCUGGCUUUGGCUCAGAGGGGCUCAGAAAUUGAACAUACCUGUGCUCUGAAAAGCCCUGAUUUUGGCUGCUGAUCCCUUAUUUCCGAGGCUGCUGGUCCCUUAUUUUCAAAUCUGUAAGUUGACAGCUAUGCCACGGACUUGUUUGAGUUUCAGGCCUAAUGAGCAGAGCAGCUCAUUGCUGAUGGUCUUACUCCAUGAAAAUCAGUUGCCGAGACUGUAAGUCCCUGCCUCUCCACAGCCUCUCCAGGGCUUUUUCCAAGCAAUUGGAGACUGUGCCUGCAUUCAGCCAACCUAUCCUCUGCCCUUUUCAUGCCUUUCCUGGUUUUGGGAGACGAUUCUGGACUUCUCUCUGCCACAGACUCUCCCUGCCCAUUAAGCCCUGUCCCUUCUUCAGCUUCUGACAUUUCCUCCUCCCAGUCUUCUCCCUCCGACCACUCAUUGUGGUCUCCACCCCCAUCGUUCUGCCUGGACACUGAAGUCCAGCGCCGAGGGCCUUCUGGCAGUUCCCUCAUUGUGAGAAGCAAAGCUCCAGGGAACCAGGCAGAGGGCCUUCUCAGUGGUGGCGCCCGCCCUGUGGAACACCCUCCCACCAGAUGUCAAAGAGAUAAAAAAUCUACCAGACAUUUAGAAGACGUCUAAACUGUUCAGGGAAGUUUUUAAUGUGUGACAUUUUAAUGUAUUUUUAAUCUUUGUUGGAAGCCGCCCAGAGUGGCUGGGGAAACCCAGACAGAUGGGCAGGGUACAAAUAAAUUAUUAUUAUUAUUAUUAUUAUUAUUAUUAUUAUUAUCUGGCUCUGAGCCUUCUUCCCUUGGGGGUUUUCCAGCUGGUUCCUCCCGCUAUUCCUCUGCAUCCCACCAUUUCCAGACAGCCUGUUCCUCUUUUCUUGCAGCCAGGAACGCACAGACCGGCUGCUACUACCUGUGUGGAGCGCUGGAGGCGGGUGUGGUGUUGUUGCAAUGGUACGAGCCCAUGCAGAAGUUCAUGCUGGUCAAGGUAAGGGCCUUUGCCUCCACGAGAGGGAAGAGAAGGCACAGUGAAUGCUUUAUAGCACCGGCAGAAGCCAUGCCAGCUUCUGACCAGAUCCCGGAAUGUCCUGUUUUUUGGUCUUGAGCUCUCGUGCGAAUCAGCUGCCUCCUACGAGAGCUCGGGACCAAAAACCAAGCAUACUGAUUAUGAUCAACAGGAUGUUAUGGUAGGGUUACCAGACGUCCCUGUUUCCCAGAGACAGUCCCCAGAUUUGUGAAUAAGUCUCUGGACAAAUUCCAUCUCUGGAAUGUCCCCAUAUUUCUUUUUUACCAACCACCAAAACACUAACAGUGAAACCCCCCAGGCAGCUGAUACAUUGGGUAUACAAUAUUCAAUAAUAUACAUAUUCAAUAAUAUAUUCAAAUUAACCAUAUGUACACUUCUAUAUACCUUAACACUCCUCCUUCCACAAGGUUUAUUUAACUUUUAACAUUUUAAUUGCCCCAAAUUGUUCAAACCUACUCAAAUAAUUCAAUAUCUUCUCAAACCAAUCCUCCUCUUUCUCACUGACCUUAAACCCUUUCGUUCUAUGUAUCUUUGCAGUUAGCUAUUCUAAAAUUAUAAUAUUACUCAGUUUUUUCCUCCACUGGUUCACCCCAGCUCUUCUGCAUUUUUCCAGUUACUUGCUAUAACCUGUCUGGCUGCAAUUACCAUCAGUUUUACCCAUUUGCAUUCCUCUUUUGUUUUUAACUCAGUCCCCGGAUUUCAUCUAAUGUCCCCGGGAAACACAGUCUCAGCAGCCCGGAGCAGUUGGCUCUGGCUAGCUUCAGGAGCUGCUUGGAAGUCCCCAUGUGAUGGUGGUGCAGGGGCUCAAAGAUGUAGCUUCCUGGCUGCUUCCACCGUCCCUGACCCCAGCAACUAAGCUGAAAAGGGAGGCUUCAUGCUGCCUAUUGAAGCAGCCUCCCAACUCCUACUUGAGCCAGUGUGGUGUAGUGGUUAAGAGCGGUGGACUCGUGAUCUGGUGAACCGGGUUCGAUUCCCCGCUCCUCCACAUGCAGCUGCUGGGUGACCUUGGGCUAGUCACACUUCUCUGAAGUCUCUCAGCCCCACUCACCUCACAGAGUGUUUGUUGUGGGGGAGGAAGGGAAAGGAGAAUCUUAGCCGCUUUGAGACUCCUUCGGGGAGUGAUAAAGUGGGAUAUCAAAUCCAAACUCUUCUUCUUCUUCUACUUGCGUGUAAGCAGGAGCGGAGCAGGGAUCUCUCAGCUGUGAAGGGAGGCUUCACGCGGCCUAUCAGAGCUUGGAGGGGGCAGGGAUCUCUCAAUUAGGCAAUGGGAAGCCUCCCUUCCCAGCGGAGGGAUCCCUGCCCCCUCCUGCUUUCAAGCAAGUAGGAGUGGGAUUGGGGCUGCUCUGAUGGGAAGGGAGGCAUCGCGCUGCCCGAGCCUCGCCACUGCCGCCACUCUCAGCCCUCCUUCUCCGCCUUCCAUGCCUGACCCACCAAGCACCGCUUCUCCACCACCACCGAAGAACCAGCAACUCAGGGGAUGCCCAGGGUCAUGGAGAAAGGAGACAGAAGCCUCGGAGGAAGGGGAAACGUGGGGGUUGAGCUGAAGGCGGCGGCCACCCCUCUGCCGCCACCAUCGCUGAAGCAUCAACGUCCCGAACAUUUUUGUUUGUUUGUUUGUUUAGUUGUGUCCGACUCUUCGUGACCCCCUGGACCAGAGCACGCCAGGCACUCCUGUCUUCCACUGCCUCCCGCAGUUUGGUCAAACUCAUGCUGGUAGCUUCGAGAACACUGUCCCACCAUCUUGUCCUCUGUCGUCCCCUUCUCCUUGUGCCCUCCAUCUUUCCCAACAUCAGGGUCUUUUCCAGGGUCUCAUGAGGUGGCCAAAGUAUUGCAGCCUCAGCUUCACGAUCUGUCCUUCCAGUGAGCACUCAAGGCUGAUUUCCUUAAGAAUGGAUAGGUUUGAUCUUCUUGCAGUCCAUGGGACUCUCAAGAGUCUCCUCCAGCACCAUAAUUCACAAGCAUCAAUUCUUCGGCGAUCAGCCUUCUUUGUGGUCCAGCUCUCACUUCCAUACAUCCGGAACGUAAUAUUUAUUUAUUUUAUUUAAAGUGUCCCCGGAUUCAUUGAAAAAAAUCUGGUAACCUUAGGUGGCUUCAACGAUCGCAGCCACUCUCCAUGCAGGGCUACUUCUGCAGGCUUGUCAAGUACCCUUCCCUUCCUUUGCCAGUAUUUCGACUUCCCGCUGCCCUCGCCGCUUCCGGUCUUUGAGAUGCUGACGUCCCCCAAUGAGGAGUACCCGGUGGUCUGUAUCGGGGUGACCAAGGGCCCCCCAGGACAGGCAGUCCAGUUCCAGAUCAUCAACCUCAAUUCCCUCACUUCCUGGUUCAUCGAUGACGACAGCAGUAAGAGCACUUGCAAGUGUGUGUGUGUGUGUUUGCAAAAGCAUCAGGCUGCGGGGAGAUCCAGAGUUGGAGGGGCUGCAUUCUAAUCCAGAAUGGUUGUGGCUAGGAUUUUUGUUGGAGGGGGGGAACCAAAGUUGUGGAGCUUUCCUUGGGAAAUUGGGGGGGGGGGAAAUACCCCAUAAAUAGGAAAUUGUAGGAGGCAGGCUUUUGCUGGACGGAGUGGAUGGGGUGCGGAACCCUAGAUAAUUGAGUAUUUUGGAUGCUUUUCAAUAAUAUUUGUGGAUCCAGGCCCCCCCUCCAGCUAUGCCCAUGCCCAGAGAACAAGAACUGGGAGCGGGGUGGGGGGUGCUUUGCCGACCAAGCAAUAGCAGGUCUGGCUGCCUUGAACCAGGGGGAAACCUUAGCACCUGACAAUGUAGAGGAGGUACAAAUGUACACCAAACUCAAAAUGCCCUAUAUAUAUAUUUUGUUAUAAACACGUUUCUCAACAGAACCUUUGUGUACUGGCCCGGUCCAGGUGACGCAGCUGGACAGCAAGACGGUGAUGGUUCUGAUGAACAGUAAGUACAGAGAGAGGAGGAGGUUGAUGGGCCGGUAGAGUGUCGCCUUCGUGCUUUCUUGCAGGCACAAAAACAAUCUGGGAGCGGCUGCCGAGACCACAUAACACUGGUCUUGAAAGACCUACAUUGGCUCCCAGUACGUUUCCGAGCACAGUUCAAAGUGUUGGUGUUGACUUUUAAAGCCCUAAACGGCCUUGGUCCAGUAUACCUGAAGGAGCGUCUCCACCCCCAUCGUUCUGCCCGGACACUGAGGUCCAGCUCCAAGGGCCUUCUGGCGGUUCCCUCGCUGCGAGAAGCAAAGCUACAGGGAACCAGGCAGAGGGCGUUCUCGGUGGUGGCACCCGCCCUGUGGAACGCCCUCCCACCUGAUGUCAAAGAGAAGAACAACUACCAGACUUUUAGACAACAUCUGAAGGCAGCCCUGUUUAGGGAAGUUUUUAAUGUUUGAGGCAUUACUGUAUUUUGAUAUUGUGUUGGAAGCCGCCCAGAGUGGCUGGGGAAACCCAGCCAGAUGGGCGGGGUAUAAAUAAUUUUGUUGUUGUUGUUGUUAUUAUUAUCUGCUUUGUUUCCCCAGGGAGCGUCCGGUUUGUCAGCCUCAGAGGCAUGCUGCUUCCGUGCCCCCCAGAAGUUGCCUUUGACGUGGCGGUGGAGUCAGUCGGUGAGUCCUUUCUGCCUGCCCUCCCCAGCCCCACCACCUGCUUGUUCCUCUACACCUGGAUCCUGUGUUCUCCUCUCCUUCUCUUCCAAGUUGUUUCUGAGUGUGUCCCAGAGAAAUUUGCGUUUCGGGGGCUUGAUACCAACAGCUUUGGUUCCCCAGAGUGUCUUGGUGGCAGCUGUUAACUGGAGGGCUAAACGAUUUAUUUCCCCCCAACCUGCUGCCCCUUCAUUCCUGUUCUUUGUUUGGGGUGGUGUGCGCUGUGGGCCACGCAGUGGCUUGAUCGCUGCGCAAGAUAUUUCGCUAGGUUAAGGUUUUUUUGGGGGGGACCCCUUUUAGCUUGAGGAUGUUAGUACCACUUUGGAAUAAUUUCCUCCCGACUCCAGAGAAAGCUGUGUUAACGGAGAAAUCUGAGGGCUCCCUUGGACAAAAAAGAAGGACACCAGCCAGGGAUACCCAAGCAAAGCAGCAGCCAGUAGGCUUGGUCUUGAGUGAAGAAUGUCGCGACAGGACUCCCACCUGCCACAAGGUGGAACAAGAUGGAAGCCCCGAAUAAAAGAGCCCCCAAACUUUUAUUAGCUGCUAAUCCCCAUGUUACACCCCCCCAAACUACAUCACUCAUACAUCACGGUUACAUCAUGAAAGGGGAGGUCUGGUGGCAGUAAUCUGAGCAUCCUGGACCCUGCCCCAUGGUUCUCCUUGCCCUCCACCAAACACCCAUCAAGUGUAACAAAAGAGAUAUUUAUAUUUCCCUGCUUCCCAGCCAAGUUAAUCACACCCUUUGGUCUUCAUCUGGGUUUGUUAUUUCUGGAAUGGCUACCUGUCUGGCACUCAGGUAUCAGGAUGCCAGGAAUUAUCACUCAGGCAGAGGGGCUGCUGAGCAGCUGAGCUCACAUGUCUAUAUGAAUUUCUGAAGUUUUCCCUGUGAGCCAGUACAUAGAAACAUUUAUCAGUGAAUUCUUACAUUUGGUAUCGUGCAGCAAAGGCCCUUUGAAUAGAUACGAAGAAACUGCGAUGAAGUGUUUUGUGGGGACAAAUCACAAAAGUCACAAAAGCGAUUGUGCUGAUUUUGUUAGUGGGCUGCAUGUGCAUGAUAUCUGCUGGAGGGGCAACCCGCCCCCCAACCUAUACAUAAAUUCCUGCAACAGCUGCAUCUCCAAGCCCAGUGUGAGGCAUCCCAAGUAAAACUGGGGAAGGCGACUGCGGCAGACUCUGAAUUCACUUUUGCCUCUUUCUCUUCACAGCGGUGGUGAGGAACUGUGUGCACGCCUUUUGGUGCCACGGUGUGCAGAUGUGGCCUCUUGGAUCAGGACAGGUACAGAGGGAUCCCUCCUUCCAGCAUUGUGUCAGAGCUGGGCUUCUUGGGAGACCAGGCCAAAGGCCCAUAGAGGGAGGGUGAAUUCCUCACUUCCCGCAGUCUCAAACCUCUUCUUCCCGUUUUCUUGUGGACGUUCUGUCAGGCCAAGGUGCUAAGUGGGUUCUUAUUUCCUCUUUCUGGAACCCUCCAUCUUCCGCCCUCCCCUGCUGUCGCUCCCUCUACAUUUUUUUUUUGCAGAAAUGAGAGUAAAUCAAGCAACAAAACGCCAACCUUGCAGGGUAUCCUUGCAGAACAGUUUCCAGCUCAGGAGCCGCUCUUUCCGUUUCUCCCAGCCUCUUUACCCUGCUUGUUGCAGCAGAAUAGCCCUCUUACCUGGGCAUCCAGGGCGUGCCCCCGUUUCCCUACACUUGAUCCCAGAGGUAUAAGAUCAGGGGUUGGCAACCUAAGGCCCGGGGGCCGGAUGCGGCCCAAUCACCUUCUAAAUCUGGCCCAUGGACGGUCCAGGAAUCAGAGUGUUUUUAAAUGAGUAGAAUGUGUCCUUUUAUUUAAAAUGCAUCUCUUGAGUUAUUUGUGGGGCAUAUGAAUUCGUUCAUUAUUUUUUCCCAAAUAUAGUCCUGCCCCCCACAUGGUCUGAGGGACGGUGGACCGGCCCACGGCUGAAAAAGGUUGCUGACCCCUGUAUAAGAUGCUUGCCCCAAGGCUAAAGGGGUUGGGGGCUGGUUGCUGCUUCCCAAGCGAACUUAGACUGGCUCCUUUUGUUAUCCUUCUGCUGGCAGGCUGAGACCUUUCUGCUCAGACAGGCCUUUCGAAAACCAAGGAGCAGAUAGUUCCGACCACUGGGCUGCCAUCAGGGCAGAGUAGAUUUUAAUUGCUGGUUCUAAAUGGGUUCUGGUAAAUUUUAAUUAUUGUUUUAAAACUGGCUUUUCUUUGAUUACAUUGCAACAAUUUUUUUGAAUGGUGCAAGUCGCCUUGAAUCCCAGCUUGGGAGAAAGGUGGGGAAAAAAUACAUUUAAUAAUAACAAUAAUCCUGACACAACCCCACUACUUCUCAGUUACAACAGGAGGUGCAGGAUCAACGGUGGACUUUCCGUUCAAUAGGAACCUCCAGGUAGGUUUCAGAAGGAUCUAAUUUUAUCUGUAUACAGCAGAGAAGCAAUGACAACCACAAAUUAGGUUUGGGACCCCAAUGUGCCUUUGGGCAUCUUGGCACUUUGCUUGGUACCCUUCUUGGCACCCAUCAAAGCCCCCGUGCCCCUUCCAGUUCUAUUUAAUUUUUUAUUUAAAAAAAUAUGGGUGGUUGUGUGGUUGGGAGUAUUGCCCCUCUUUGUUGGGGCCGCCACAUUUUUUUCCCAUCCGUGCUUUAUUUGUGUUGUGGGGUGCGGUGUCCAUUGAAUUUGAGCAUCACCAGUUUUUAUUCUGUGCCAUGGGUAUUCUGGACUCUUUAUCCAGGUCUGCCCCGAUUGAGAAAAUCUUCAAGACUUACUGGGCUCCCUGAGCAGCUGUGCCAGCCCAUCUGGGAGGGUGUACCCCACGAUCUUGGGCAGGUUCAUGCAGGGAGUCUCAGUCUGCAGCCCCCUGUGACACCAGAAGCCCCCUCAAAAACACCACCACCCAAACAGCCGCUCACCUGUGCCCUGUGCCAGUGUGCUGUAGUGGUUAAGAGCGGUGGACUUGUAAUCUGGUGAACCGGGUUCGCAUCUCCGCUCCUCCACAUGCAGCUGCUGGGUGACCUUGGGCCAGUCACACUUCUCUGAAGUCUCUCAGCCUCACUCACCUCACAGAGUGUUUGUUGUGGGAGAGGAAGGGAAAGGAGAAUGUUAGCUGCUUUGAGACUCCUUCGGGUGGUGAUAAAGCGGGAUAUCAAAUCCACACUCUUCUUCUUUUUCCAUCCUCUGCCAGCACCGUCGUGUUAGAGACCCGGCCUGUGGGCGAUCCAAACUCUGCCAGCAACCUCUACGUGCCAGAAUGACACUUGCCCCCCUGUCCUGCCUACAAGUGGAGCAUGUGUGCCAAAACGCCCCCUGCCACCCUCUCCCUGUCUCUGACCCUCACAGGCAUGGAGAGCCUUAAAGGAGGAGCUGGGGGGGUGAGUGGGUGAGAGGAGCCAGCCUGCCUCGGCACUGGUCCUCAAGGGCCGCUUAGCGUUGUGUCGUUCAGGGCCACUGGGCCUGCCUUGUGGCCCCCUUCCCAACAGGCACAGAGCGACACACCAACCUCCUGGUUUCAUGGGUCUUCCUUUUACGUAUCACGCCACGCCAGUAAAAAAGCAAUUUUUUAAAAAAGCCUUCGUUCUUUGCU